GUGCUGUUAUUCCUUCACACAUGCUCUGACAGAUUAAAUUAUAGUAACACAACAAUAAAGGGGUAGAACAAGGUAAGUUUUAUCAACUUCUUUCUACACCCUUUCGAACAAAGUAUGAUUAUCUAUAUCGCUACAGAGCUGUCUCUUUAAUUGUUUUUCUGCCAAAAACCAUUGUAUAUUGUAUUUAUUUUGUUUUUCUUUUAACCUGUUCGAAUAAACAAAAUGAACUAAACUACUUCUAUUUCUAUUUAUUUAUUUUUAAAAACGGGAACAGCGAAAUGGCUAAUUUCCAUCCUCAGUCCCAUUGGCAGGUUGAUGUUAAACAUAAAAGCAAUAAUGUUAAAAGUACAAACAACAUGACUAAGACAGUAAAAUGAUGCACUGACUACAUACACAUAAUAUACAAAGUAAGGGGACCAAAAAGAUUAAAAGAGAAUUGUAAAGUGCUAAAGUGCUAAUUAAACUGUCAUAUGUUAAAGGUGUUUAAAGUGCCAUUUGCUACAGUACAGCUUGUUAAAGUGACGAGUGCAUAAGUGCAAGAUUGAAUUGAAUCACGCGAUUGCACGAGCAGAUGAGUGUCUAAAAUUACAUAUGGUUUAUAUACAAAAAUGUAUUAUUUAUACCCUUUAGUAACAAAUUUGCAUACAUGAAUGAGAAUAUGUAUGCCAGAGCAAAUUAAGAGUGGUACCCCAAACAAUUUUAGACAUGAUUAUGAUGGCAGGUCUGGUUUUCCAACAGCCAUGACUUGAGAUGUUUAGUAAAAGAAGUGAGGGUUGGGAGUUCAGGUAUGGUGCUAGGUAUUUGGUUCCAGGAUUGCGAUGCACGAAAGGAGAAUACAGCUUGACUAAAGGCACUUUUCCUGAGCGGCACAACACAGUCACAGCUUGCUGUGGUUCAUCUGGUUGGAUUUUUUUUAAUAAACUCAUGGAGUGGAGGUGGAGCUUGACUAUGGAUAAUUUUGUAGAUCAAUACAGAGUCUGUGUACUUUAUUAUGUGGUCAAAAUUUAGUCACUCAUGUCUUACAAGCUCUUGCCCAGCUAGCAAAGCAUGUGUGGCGUAAUCAUUGCAUCGGGGUAUAGCUUAGCCGAUUCUGGAGUCAAGUUAUUUCUAAUAAAUCUGAAGUUAGAUAACUUAAAUCUCAUUCUGUGCACGAUCCUUUUUAUCUGCUGCUUAAAAAAGCAAAGUUGUGCAUCUAGAAUGAUUCCCAGGUAUUUAAAUUCUUGAACUACCUUGAUUUUUUGACCUUCUACAAAUACAUCAGGAUUAUUGUUGAUGCUUUCUGUUUUUAAGAAAUACAUACAGACAGUUUUAGAAAUAUUCAGGUGUAGAUGUGAACGCUCAAGCCAGUGAUACACUCUGGUCAUAGCAUCAGUCAGUGAGAAACCUGAGAAAGAAAACAAAUGAGAAAGGAUCUGCAGGGGACAAAUAGAUUUCAAGUUUAGGCCCCUAAUCUUUACCCUCUGCCUCUAUCUUUUCUUAAUGUGACACAUCUUUCAGACAUUUUUUCCCACAAAGUAGACCUAUCUGUGGAUGAAUUGAUUCCUCAGCAGGCAUGAUAAUGGGCAUACAGCUGUGCACCUAGCGGUGGCUCUGGAAACUGCAUGAAGGAAAAGGAGGAGGAGAGAGGAAGUUCUCCAAAAAGUUUUUUCCCCUUCACAGGACUCAGGAGAGGCUCCGUUAGAUUUUCAGAGGAAAGGGAUCCGAGCCGAAAGAGAAAGAAAACGCAGAGGAAAAUAACGAUUUGGAGAAGUUUAUCCCUACUUCUAUUCGUUUCUUCUCACAUGAAAUCCGCGAGAAAAGGACGCGCGUGUUUGUCUUUUUUGUGUGAUUUGUCCCUUCCAGACAGAGAGGACUUACACCAUCAGAGGCCAUGAGAUGUGAGUGAGCGAUGCCUUGUGGAAAUGGACAGACUUUAUCUAAGCGAAAACAUGGCGUCUGCGUCCCGAGGUUCAGCUUCUUUUCCAGUUUGUUUUUGGCGCUAUGCUGCCUGGAGGUCUGGGACUCCAGGGCGCAGGGGGACGGCGGCACGAGCUGCAGCCCUUGUCCCGUUAACUGCAGCUGCGCGGUCGCGGGGCCCCUGCAGUCCUGCGUCGUCAACUGCUCCAACAUCGGGCUGGAAAGGGCCCCAGCAGCGGCCGACAUCCCACAGGCCACCAACGUGCUGUAAGUAGAGAGCACUGAUAGAAAGUAAGAAAGCAGAGGAGAGUUCUGACCUGACUAUCUUCGCUAAAGCAGGAUUUAAUGGAUAUCCUUUUCUUGUUUUAAAUUUCAAAUCACAAAUACAACAAAACCCCUCACAACACGGGCCCCCCAAAGUUUGAUACUAUGGGGAGCAAAGGCUGUCAUUAAAAACUUACAUCUUCGAUUUGGCCUUUCUCUAAGAAGGAUUCGUUUUUGACCAACAAUUUGGGGCCACAGGCUUUUCAACAAUGUUUUUAUUUACUCGUCUUUACCCACUUCCUGACCGUGAGAGACUUCCUUCUACUCUAAUGGAGUUUACACCAAUUUCAGAGACUAGAUAAACUUUUGAAUUGUGACAUUUAAUUAGACAAUUAUAGGGAAAAAAAAGUCUGUUUAGCAUUGCAGAACACUUAAUGGAGUUCUGUGACCCUUAAAAACUUCCAACAUACCUGCACUUCUCUACCAGCAGAAAAAAGAUAGAACAUUUAAUCAAGUGUAUAAAUAGAGUUGAGAGAUGAUUAAAGAAGUUUAUAUUGAAGCAUUGCUUUCUAAACCUCAAGGUGACUUUUUUCUGUUCAUGCAGGCUGCUGUUAAAAUGUGGCACUGUGUUUGUUUGUGUGUGUGUUGUAGUGUGUGUGUUGUAGUGUGUGCAUGUGUGUCUCAGUUUGGUAGUUUAAACGGAGUUGCUCACCAGAGAAGUGAAGCUGGUGUUUGUGUGCAGAUCAGUCUUCAGCCUGUGGUGCUGCUGCAGCAAGAACAUUCUGUUCCUUGCAGACAGACGACAUAUGUUAUCAAUUAUUUAUUUCCCCUCACACCGCCAUCUUUCAUUUAACCUAAAGCUUGACUGACUCUGUAUACCAGCAUUUUCACAAACUCAUUUUUUGAGCUUGCUGACCGUGGAGAAUGUAUUGAAAUAUAUCUUCCUACAAGUAAUCAAACGCCAAUAUCAGCUGCAAAUCUUCAAGAUUUAGUUGCUGUGUUAAUCAUGCGUCCCUGUCAUCUUAACAGGUUUCGUUAUAAUCUUUGAUAUUGGCUGAUAGAAUUUGCAUAAGAGAGGAAGAGUGCUCUGUUAGGUGUCAUGUUAAUUGGAGACAGACCCUGCAGCUGGAUCUGUCUCUAAUCACGUCAGGCUCGAUUGGAGAGCUAAUUACAUUUGUGUAUAUCUCCUCCUUUCACAGCAGGAGCUGUGUGUGGAGGUGUCCAACUGUGAACAUGGCUGUCCUUCUCACUUAUCUGACCUCCUCGCUGCUGCUUUUGCUGGAGAAUAGGAGCAUAAAAUUAAAACCACAUUCUCAUAAAUUUGAUUAACUCUGAUGUCAUGGCUGACGGUGGCAGGCAGGUAGAGUUUUCAACCAGGCUCCUGCAGAGAGUGUUCGCUUUAUAAAGCUAAAGGAGGUGCGUGAAUUAUACCCUACUCACCCGAUAUUAGAGGGACUUAAACUUCUUACUGCCGGACACACCAUUAAUCUUUACAAGGUGCACUCACAGCAUGUCUUGCAGUGCAGUGAAGUUUUAGCUCUGAGAGUCAGUUAUAUGGAAUGUUAUUCAACCAUGUUUUUCUAAUAUGCGAGUUUCUCCAUGUCAAGGCUGUUAAAGGUGAAAAGACAGCCUUGAACCUUUUCUUUUCCAUCACCAGGCUUCAUCUCAGCAAUUAUAGAUAGUAACACACAAGUUUUCUAUUUCUGCAAAUUGAGUUCAGCAGCAUCAGCACUACCAUGUGUGACUGAGAGACCCCGGAGAAGUAAACAAACCAUGUAUCUGACUUUGAUUUGUUGAGUCAAAGCUCACAGAAUAGAGCUCUAUUUUAAAGGCAGCUUGGAGUGACGCUGUUAAUGAAUGAUAAAAGUUAGAGUGUUGCUUGUGUGUGUGUUUCUGUGCACAUGUUCAUGUCUCUUUAUGUGUGUGUAGAUAAUUAUAAGUUUCACCGAGAUGAUGUUUACACUGUGAGCCUUUACGCUGCUCUUGAACCCAGAUAAUCCCGCUGUGAUUUCAGACACCAAUGUCCCCAGCAUCGGAAGGCUGGUGAAUAAGUUACAAACAUUGUGCAUUCUUGAUUCUGUUGCAGGCCUCUUAUUGUUUACUUGAUAAAUCAUCUUUGUUUACCACAUGGCAUUUCUGUGAUUGUGUUUUGGAGCUAUUUGAGGUACUUUUGAGGUACCAAUUCACUGUUUCAUCCCCAAAAAUAGAUGAAUUUCUGUGGGAAAAUGAUGAAAGCCAAAAUCUGGUGAUUGUUCUCUGCCUACAAAUUUAGCAACGAGAUGGGAGAAGCAACUAAUCUUAGUUUAGACAGAAUUUUAAACUCUUACUUAUCUACAGGUCUGUAAUGACAACAACAACAAAAAAAGAACAGUCAUAUAACAGUCAAAGUUGAACCCAAUUUAGUUUAGUGGCUUAACACUGGACCCUUGAGUCUGCGGGUAAACAAUGUCAGAUUGGUUUGUGUGGCUAGUAUUAGCUUUUAACUCUGUUUCCUAGCUCAAACAACUUUCACACACUGAGACUUCGUACGUCAGCUGUUUAUGUUUACAUCCUGGCAGACAAGCAUCAUAGCAUUGCGGUAGUUGGCAUUAAAAGGAGCUACAACCCUACAGCUAGUGAUGAGGGUUCAGAAACAACAAAUGACAUUUCAGAGCUCAAACAGUAACAAUCAAAGCUAAGGUAAUUCAUUGUUUUGUUGUGCACAUUUCUGGAUAUGACCUUUGUGUGUUUCAGUGAGUCAUUGCCAUUUGGUUACAUUUGGGAGCGAGGCGUAGAAGCAGAGGAUGAAUCAAAGUUAAAAGAUCACAGCUUAUCUUCCCUGAUGAUGUUUUAAGUCCACUGUUACAGCUUCUUAAUGCAAUAAUAUCAUUACAUUAGGAUUCAAAGGAUGUUUAUUUUUUGUGCUGGACAAGUUUCUUUUCCUUUGGUCUUCUCGUUUUUCUUUUGUAAUAGAUAUCUUAGCUGAGUAUUGCAUUGGCAUAUAUAAUAUACUGAGAAAUAACAACUUAUUAAAAAAAAGUCCUGAAUUCACUGAUUGGCUGAUGUGUUGUGCUGCUGUGCUUAAAUGAUUACUGUAUAUAUAAUGCCUUAAGAACAGUAGAAUAUCCUUUAUGAAACAAACAGGAGCUUAAUGAAUAUAUAUUAAUGUAUGAAAAUUCAUUGUUCAUAACUUAUCUUACUGCUUUCCCUGGUUUUCUAUCUUUUGUCUAAUUGUAACGUGACAAUAUUUUUGUCUCCUUAAAAUAAGGAUUUUUGUCCCUUUCUGCUGAGAUUGUGAAUGUGAAACUGAGGAGGCUUUUGGAGCUUUUCUGUUUUCAAAUAAAAGUCAUUUUAUGUGAAAAAUAGUUUGACCAGGCAUUGUUGAGCACAUUUUGUGCUUUUUCAAAGAUAGUGUAAUGAAAGCCAGAAUGAUUUAAAUGUUAUUUACUCACAUAUUCAUGAAGAUUAAUUUGUGUUCCUCGCCCAGAUGGAGUGAUUAAUAAUGACAACAACAACAACAAAACCAUUAACUAAAGUAAAAACAGUCUGUUUUAGAAAAGAAACAUCUGCAAUGGAAUUAGCUAUGGGAGAAAUUUUUAUUUUUGAAUCAGAAUCCUGACUGUCACCAGUCCUGAUUUUCUUAAUUGGUGCAUUCCUUGUUCAGGAAAGUUGGGAUUAUUUGUACAAAAAAAUGAAUAAAUACUGAGAGUUACAAGCUUGUGUUUUGUUGUUCUCAUAUAGGCACUGGUGCUAACACUAGAACAGAUGCUAGAGAUCAUUUACACUCUUAAGACACCAUGCGUGCCUCUGUGAGGAGACCUGAAAACCUUGAAACAGACCAAAACAAGAGUCUGUUCAUAACCAACCAAAGCAAACAAGACUAUUAGCUCCAAGAGUGACUGUAUCUCUACUGUACUAUCUGAUGACUGUAAUCUUUGUAAGAAUGCAGUAAAUGUAGAGAUGUUAUACAGCACACCGGUGAAACAGCCCUUUCUAUUUUCCACAUAGUUGAUUGCUACUAGAAAGCAGGAUGAUGUUUUUUGCUUUUAAAACUACUGCUUUCACAUGUACUGAACAAGACUGGCAAGCAUAUAACAUACCACUGCUUUAUCCACAGUGGAGGCUAUGAACAAUACGCACCUAAAAGACCUCACAGGGUUUAAAAAUGCACUGUUCUGCAACUACUGAAUAUGCUUAAAAUGCUGGUGAUGUAUUAUGUUUAAACUGUAUCAGCACAGCCACCAUUCGUGACUGUAGCUCAGUUAUUGGCCACUGUCGUACAAAUGACACAUGCAUGUCUUGUGCUGCACAAUUUGGCAGUAUUUUCAUCUGAAAGGUAGAUAAUGUAUUUGUAUAUUUCUAUAUUUAAAGGUAAUCUUAGCAGACAGGUAUGCGCAGCGAUGUGUAUUAGCACCAACAUAGGAGUGUUAAUCUACUAAGGGGACCAAAGGGUGGUAGUGCUUGCUCUAUUAUCUGCCAUUGUCAUUUCAAUAUAACAAACACCAACAUUGGACAUACCACAUGAGGUACUGAGGUAUAGUUUUCCUUCAAGUACAACACCACAGAAAAUUACAAAAAAUAUUAAGGAAACAACCAGAAGCAAAGACAUGUCAUCAGAUGAGGUCAAAAGUCACAGUGAUGCUGAAACAUCUCUUUCUCUGUGCCUCGAAUCAAAGUGUUUCAGACACACCCAGUUAAAUAGGAACAGCCAGUGGUAGUGAAGUAUUUGAACAUACUGGACAGAGUGCAGCUCGGGGAAAAGCCUUCCCGUUACACACCAGUCCAUCUGCUCCUACCCACACACAUAAUAAAAUUCUCUUAGCACUUCAUACAGACAGUUUAUGCAACUCUGAAGUCACUUCUGGGAGAGGCUUAAGGAAUGAACUCUGUUUUUUUAUGUCUCUAUUCUUUGUCUAGCAUGGUGUCUGUCCUAGGAAGGGUGAAAUACACAGAUUCAGUCAACAUCUGUCAGGUAGACUGCACAACAGUCUACCUGACAGAUGUUGGUUUAAACCCUCUGUUAUGUUCUGAAACAAACGGUGGGAUAAAGAUAAACACGUUCGCAUGCUGUGGUGUUUGACCCAGCAGUAAUUUCAGUGUGAAGGAUGACACUUUCCAAAUCUCUAUUGAAGUCCAGAAAAAGUUUUGAGAGUGGAAAGAGGAGCUCAUCGGUGCUCAGAUUGUGACAGGAAGCUUGAAGGAUUGGUAAAGAAGUGAGGCAGACUAAACCUCAAUAUUAAAUAAAUAUUUUACAUCAAAAAAAGAGGAAUUAAUGGAUCGAAAAUGAUGAUGUAACAGUGUUAAACUUUUACCACCUAACCUCUGGUCAGAGUCGAGUUUUGUCACGGACAAGGUGGACAGUUAGUUUGUCAUGGCUGUUACUUUGUCUUUACUUGGCUGGUCCAUUGGAUUCUUUAUUCUUUUCAAAAACCCCAAAUGCUCCCAUAUCAUCCCUCCAGUUCCUCAUCCAUGCUUGUUUGUCUUCAUUUAGCUGUGCACUGCAUCAUGUGUUUUUUUUUACCUGCACCAAAGAUGACGGGUCAGAUUUACUUUCAUAGCAUUUGUGACUGAUAAAAUCAAAAGCAUUGGACUGAUGCAUGUAUCAACCAUAGACUGUAUAUAGAACGGACAGCAUCUGCCUCCUUGCUGGGUGAAGCCACCCCGAGAACAGCACCCUGUUGACAUGUAGUUACUCUAAGACUGGUUUGUACUUAAGUCCUCUUUUUUCUGUACAGCUCCAUUUUUUAAAGUUGUUAGGGGGUUCAUGUUUUCAAUGAUUGACACCUGAUACAGCUUAUGGGCGUACAAAGAUUACGUAGCUCACCCGGGGGAUACGCUGUUUGAGCUGAGCAUCAUCACAGCCACUCUCUGCGACCCUCCUGAAUGCGCACAAUGCUACUGCGCAAGUGGUGGGGUGCGUAGAAAACGCUACUGCGGAAUGUUGGUUUCAGGAAGUGGAGAAAAAACGCGGAAUUACAGAGAGCUUUUCGGCUUCAAAUCCUAUUACUGGCGGAAGGCGGAACCAAGUUGUCCAUCGUAUAUACAGUUUAUGGUAACAACAAAAGAAGAGAGGCAUCAACCACACAAUGAAAUAUAAGCCUUUUACAUUGCCUGUUCAAGGCAGGACUGAAACAGUAUCUCAUUGAGCAGUGGAGCCAGCUGGAUGGAGUAGCACCUCAUAUUUAUAUACAGUAUAUGUAUUUUUUGUGUGUGAAGUUUGCUUUUUCACUAGCAUGUUGUGCCACUUUUGCUUUAGUGUGUAAAAACAACUCACACUGGGCACUAUUAUUAUGCCAUUAAACUGUGGUUCAGAUUUGAAGUACAAAAGUUAAUUGAGAGCAGAUCUGUUGCUAGAGCAGAAUCAUUCUCCAAAAAGGACUAGUGUGUGGGGUUGAACGAUAUAUCGCAAUUGCAAUGUGCACAAAUGCAACAGCCUCAUUGUAGGACGUAGGAUAUCUGUUAUAUGACCUGAGACACAUCAUACACUUAACAUACUAGAAACACACGAAUUUGUAGUUUUCCAUUAUGACACCCAGUGCAGGCGUGGCAAUGUGUCUUUUUUCAGGGAGCAGUUUUGGCUCUUCCUUGGGUCAUGAGGCUUCACAGCUGUCAGACCCAAGACUCUAAUUCUUCUUCCUCCACUCUUCUCACUUCUAUCUCCACUCCUCUCCUCCUCCAGAGGUCGAGGCUGACACGCACCUAUACCCCCCACCACCCACCCCCAGCACACACUGACUGUAAUGAAGUGGGAAGGGAAAGAUUGAAUGUGCCGGCCAUAUGUAGGGGAGAAUUUGUUGUGUUACCAUGGUGAUUGUAACCAAUGACAUCACUGACAGAAGCUCUGACAUUCCACAAGGUCAUAAAUAAGAGAGAAGGAGCAGGAAGAAAAGACGGAGAGGAGACGGCUCCCAUGUUGUCCUCCCCCGUUUGUUUGUGUGUGAAUGAGUGCGUACAUGCGCUCAGUCAUUUCUAACUGCUGGUGAUAGAAAUGUUUCAGUUCAUCAUUAACUCACUCACUGAAGUUAAGUCAGUAGUGUAGGUUAGCAGGAACUUUAUCAUGGAGGAGGCCUUUGUGCAGCUUUUGUGAGUGAGUGUGUGUGUUGUAUAAACUCUUCUCUCUCACACUCACCUUUAACACCAAAAAAAAAAAAACACAUUAACUCAAUCCUCUGUGGUUUGUGGUCUCUUGACCGAGGAGUGUGGUUGUUUAGUCUUUGUUUUGAACUAUAAUUAUUUUUUUUUCACUGUGUUGUUUUGAAUUUUCACACUUUUUGUGGCACUUUUGGGGUUCAUCACUGACAAAUGUCCCAUAUAAUAAUAAAGUCAAACUAUUUAAGACUUAAAUUAAAUUUGAGCUUGAUGUUGCCUGACCAAUUCAUCUUGGUGAAAGAGCCUAGAACCGUUCAGUGGCAUACUAAAGUGCCAGUGGAACUAAUGAACUGAUCAACAAUCAAUUACGUCAACACAGCAGGUGACGAAGCACAUAGCAACAGUAAUGUGAACAAACAGAGGCAUACAGAGAAAAGAAACCCCCUUUUCCCUGCUAAUGAAUGCUGUGCAGUUGUUUGGUCUUGUGCUGAUGACAGGUUUGUUUCAAACAGCCGUCAUGGUGGCUUCUCUGGAUCCUCAAGCGGUGGAAGCCAAUGUCUUGCCUUUUUUUCUGCUGAAGUGGAGCUCCUGUGUUGUCAUCCUAAACAAGCGAUUGUUUAAUUGGUCCGUUUUUUUCUGACACCAGUGAAAAUGAUUAUGAGCUGGCUGAUGGGUCUUGAUACACUUGGCUGCUAAAAUUGAGCAUUUUUGACACAUUAAAACUAAACUUGAUCUACAAACCACCACAACACACUUACUGUAACUUACUACUGUAAUCUACUGAACUGAAAUUAAAAGGAAAAAGUCAAAAGAAAUAGAAAAAAAUAAUUUGUGAAAAAUCUAAAACUGUUUCGAUACCUGUGCAACUGUUCGUAUACCAAACUUCAGUAAAUUGGGCUGCAAAUCAUUUUAACUCUUGUACUUUUUAGAGUAAUUACCCGCUGGCUCUCAAAUCAAUGUAACCAAGCAACUACCGCCUCACAAAACUCAUGUUUGAGUAUCUCUUAAGGAUAAAGAGGCAUAGAUGGUGUACAUGAUGCACCAUUGAUUUAAAAAGACGGACAAUGUAUGACUUAAAUGUUGAAUAGACAUUACCUGCCACUCCUGAAGGGCUAUCAAAUCACUGUGUGUGUUCAGGCAGUAAUGACCUGCAGUUGUUGAAUCCAGUAAGUACUUAGAGAUAAACGAUGCGACUAAUGUAGAAACACUAUUUAUACUCAAAAGCAUGUUUGUUGUGAAAAAAGGAGAAAGAAAAAAAACAUGCUGACCAGAAAAAUGCAUAAAUGCUUUUUUAAAUGCUUAAAAAAUUUCAGAUGUAGAACAGAUCAGAGCAAUUUAUCAUGGCAUCUUUGGAUUAUGCAGCUGUGCUCAUUACAUUUUAAUGCAUGUCUCCUGAACUUGAAGAUUCACAGUAAUAAUAUGGUAAUAUAUCCAGGGUUUCCUGCUUUAGAAAUUUGUAUUAGCAUAUCAGUAGGGUUGGCUGAUUGCACAAUACUUACGCGCAGAACACAAACAAGUAUGUUUGUAAUCCUCAACUAUCUGAAAUGUCCAAAUCACACUUGAUAUGUGGGUUCAGAUUAAGCUCUUUUGGUUGUUGAUUCUUUUCAUUUUUGCAUCUUCCUGCUUUUUGCACUUUUUCUUCAGGGUCUUUAUACGCAGUUUAUCAUGUUGUUUAACAUAGGGCGCUUUGGUCCACUGGCAAUGUUUAAAUUUACUGCACAGAAAAAAAUCAUACUCUACUGGAAUGAUCUAAAAUGAUGCCACUGUUAAUCUCUCUAAAGUAUAAUCAGAGCGAUAUGUGUUCAUGUGAAGACAACAGUGUAAGAAAGUCAAAGGUGAUGAAAAAAAAGGACAAACUUGAUCACAUUUACCUUUUUGUUACACAUUCUACACGUCCACAUUCUAACACUCGACCAUCACACACUCUAUAAUAUUAAAGCUAUGACCUAACUAGUCGGAAAUUGAAUUAGAAGACAAAGAAGCUGAAAUCUGAGAGUAAGUACAACAAAAUCAAAGAUCUAGACAGAGAGAAACAACAUGUGAAAGUGCCACAAACUGCCUCAGGUGCAGUCAAACACAGAUGCUGAUAUGCAGCGUGAGACGUCAUGCACUGAGUGUAAAGAAGCAGUUUUAAAAAAAAUCUAUAUAACCAUCAAAGCAUCAGCAACAAUGUAAUCUUCAACUUUAGUCAACUUCAAAAUAAUCUUUAUCACUGUUAUUGUCACCUACAUGAUCUCCAGCACCAAAUCACCAGGUGUAUUAUUUCACAUAGCGCUAGGUCUAUAACUUAGAAACUAAUUUCCUCGAUUGGGACCACAGAGGAGACACAGCUAGCUUAAGUGUGAAGGUGUUCCCAAAAGAGCUGGAUCCUAAACUUGUUCUCGAAAGUGGAAGGAGAAUGGAAUCAGAGCGAAGCGAAAUGGAGUGAAGAUUCUCUACUUAGUUCAGACUGAUCAAAUUAAAUAACCCUGUUAUGUUAAAUACAGAACACUUAGGUGGCAUGUGCUGUUGCACAUGUAUGAUCCAUGUGUUUUGAGUGUGUAUCACAGUUGGUCUAAAGGGACAGAAAAAAAGCUCGCAAAAACUAUUCAUUUUUUUCCUAUGAAAUUGCACAUGGACAAAAUUUAAAUGUACUGAGAGUCAUUGAUUUGUGUUAUUUUUACAGUGUUUUUUACAUAAUCCAGAAAGCCUGUUUUGUAUUUCACUUCCAAGCAAAGGAAUGCACAUUAUCUGCUGUGACUAAUAAGCAAAUAUCCAUGCUGUCCACAAUCUGUGUGGUUUUUUUAGUCACAAAAGUGACAUUAACAGAGGUGUCAUGAAGAUGCAUUUCACAUUUGAAGUCGUGAGCGCAUCCAUAUAUGCGGAACUGUGGAACUGGAGGAGGCUUUCAAGAACUAGCAUUUAAGUCUCAUGUAAUACAUGGAAAUGACCCUAAAGGUCAUAUACUAUAUACAUACCAUACUAUACACAUACUGUAACUUACUAUAGUAAUGCAACAGAGAAAGCAGACGGCACCAUUAACAGCAUCCUUUAGGUCACAAAAGAUUAACAGAUCGCAGAGGUCACAGUGUGUAGGUGCAAGUUGCAUGACUACAGAUUUCAGCCUCCCUUUGUGUUAGUGAGUGCGAUUGAACUUUGCCCUCACUAAAGGCUCAUCUAACUAAAUGAGAAUGUCUCGUUUGUCACUGAUUUCUCUCGUGGCUCUUUUUAUGUUUCACUUAUGCCAUUUUAGGUCGACUUUCUAUUUUUACUAACUUAAGAUUAAUUAUACUGCCGUGCUGCAGACACAACCUAAUUGUCCAGAGCCAUAUGCAUAGAAAACAUGUUGACUCAGGGCCAGAAAUAUACUCUGUGUCAUUUUGGUGCAGGAGUGCUCACACGUGAUUAUAUUUAAUGGUUUUAAAAUACUAUUAAACUCUGCACAUGCCAGCUUGAUUCACACAAAGUCUGUAUACAGGAUGCAGAAAUUAUCUUUGUUGGCAUAACACCCAUACUUAAACCAACUUAAGACCUGACAAUGAUAAGCAAUACAUUAGUGACACCUAACAUUAAAUGUGGAUGUGGCAUGAAGCACUGAACUCUUGCAUGCUAAGAAUAACAUAUAACAACUAAGCACUUUGUGUCCUGUACCAAAAUCUGUGUCACUUCAAUUCAUAACGUGUAAUAGGAUCAAUAGGAGCACUACAUUAAAUAUAAGAUUAGAUUGUCAUGGUCAAGUAUGGGAACAAGCCGGUUAUAGACCUAAUAUUGAGUACAGCAUGUUGGCAUCUGCAUAAUUAACCAGCAUACGGUCAUGAGCACAAAGCUACAACAAAGAAGUGACCAUUGGUUCAUAUUUAUUAGUUUGAAGUGUUUGGUUUUAUCAUAAUAUUAAGGGAUUUGGAAGUGUGUUGGUUUGCUGUCACUUGCUCAUAGAGCCAUUCCUCUGAUUCAUGGUGUGGCUAACGUGCAAACUAUCACUAAACAGAUGGCUGUAAUUUUAGUUAUGUGACAUAUAUGAUAAAACGAAUGGUUAUUUUGGUUGCACAACGUUGACAUCCAACCGUAGACUGUAUGUAGAAUGGAGAGCAUCUGCCUCCUCACUGGGUGAAGCCACCCUGAGAACAGCACCCUCUGGUGACGGGCUGCAGUACAGGUCAUAAAUCCCGCCUCCACCAGCAAAGCUUAUGAAGCUGUGGACAAACUUUAGAAAUGUAUUACACAGAACAUAAAUUUUUCUCCCCCUUGCUUGCGAUGUUGACAUGUAGUUACAGUAAGACUGGUUUGUGCUCAAGUCCUCUUUUUUCGGUAAAGCUCCGUUUUUAAAAGUUAUUAGGGGGUUCAUGUUUGCUAUGAUUGACACCUGAUACAGCCUAUGGGCGUACGAAGAUUGCGUGGCUCUCCCAGAGGAUACACUGUUUGAGCCGAGCAUCAUCACAGCGACUCUCGGUGACUGCGCAGCCGAAUGCGCGCAUUGCUACCGCGCAGCGCUGGUUUCGGGAAAUGAAGAAAAAUCCCGGAAAUAGUGAGAGCUUUUUGGCUUCAAAUCUGUAUACAGGCGGUAGGCGAAACCAAGUUGUCCAUAGUAUAUACAGUCUAUGCAUCCAACUGAUGCUGCAGGACAGACACGGUAUUUCAUGAUCAAUUUUCAAAUAAACUACCCUUCAAAAGUUCAAAUGCAUAUUCAGUUGCAGUCCUUUAAAUUACUCAAUUAUUACUUCAAAAGACCAUGGCCCAGAUGAAUGAAUAAUGCAAGCAUGCAGAAAACAAACAUUGCAUUUUAUGAACAAAAGUAGUACGUACAAAAAGAAGUAGGCUUAGAUAAUCCACUGAAUGGAAGGGAUGGUGACAAAGGAGCCAAUUUACAUCAUCCCACUUGUAUCUUAUGAGCCUUUCAUUUACUAUAUACAGUCCAUAAAAACCAGUCUACAAAAGACCUUUGAAGAUGCACAUAUUCAUAUAUGUGUAACAAAGGGCAGCUUAUAUUUAUUUCAUGCCCUUGUCCUUCUUAGCGAAGAUGUUUGUGCUUUGCAUUUUAUUUUAUGUGAUUUAAGUGAUCAUGUUCUUUUCAUUUGAUGUUUGCUUUAUUGUGGUGCACUCUGUGACCUUUGUCUCAGCGUGUUGGCUAACUUUCCAUAUUGAUGACUGGUAAAUGACUUAUUAUGGCUGGUUCUUGCAUAAAUCCAGAGUAGGGAUGCACUGAAAUGAAAAAAUUCUUGACCGUAACCGAAAAGGAGACCAAAGCCAAAAACUGAAACAAGAAAUAAAUUAUUAUGCCAAUUAUUAGUACCAUUGCAUUUAUGGCUCUUGUACUAAACUCACUAAGAUCAAAGCAUUGCAAUUGCGUAAAUUAAUAUUAAAUUAAUAUUGGUUUAUAAUAAAUAUUAAAUGAAUAUUAAUUCAUGCAAUUGCAAUGUGAGUUGCAGCAAUAUUAAACAGCUCAGGUAAACACGUCUGAGUAACGUCGUCUGCUCUGCAUGUCAUAACUGCUCAAUUUGCUCGAUCAGCCGUAGAAAUCCCACAUCCUCUACAAUAGAGAGCAGCUGAUCAUGUAAGGCGAUAAAGUCCAUCAAUUUUUGUGUAAUGCUUUUUGCCAUGGCACCAUCACUGGAAAACUUUCUUGCCUUUUAAAAAACAUCCACCACAGACGGAGUGGGUGUGCUCGGAGGGAUUUUCCUGUUCUAUGUGGCGUUCCUCUCACGUGCAGAAUGGCGAUUGGGAUGUUUGGAUUUUAGGUGAUAAAUUAAACCCAAAGUAGAGAUAGUUUCUGUAGAUGCACCCCCUCUUACACAGUAUGCAAAUCGCUAUCCGUAGUUCUCAGAUAUAUUGAAAUAUGUCCACAGAGCAGACAUGUUGGCCAAAAUCUGCAGACAAGCUCGUGCUGGCUGCGGUUUUUGCCGGCGUCAUCACAACAUCUGAUGAAAGUCUUGUAGUCAAAAACCCCAAAUAAACUUUUGGGCCAUUUUUGGUAGCCGAAUUUUUGGUGCAUCCCUAAUUCAGAGACACGUUGGUCUCAGUUAUCAUAUUGGCAAAUCACAGCAAUGUGAAGAAGAAUCAACUGCACUGUAAAAAAGAAAAACAGGUCAAGUUAAAAUACAAACAGAUCCUUGUGACAUUGUUUAUUCAUUUGUUCCCAUUUGUUGCCAAGUUGUCAAGGAUUUUUUACUUGUUCUCUUCAAUCUUGGCAUUGCCAUUCUUUGUUUCAAGAGAGGAAAUAUUUUUAACAGACAGUUUCCUCUUUUCUUUUUUUACGAUCCUAAAAGUGAAAUAUCUUUGAAAUGGGCACAGCUAUGUCAGUGUUUGUUAUCUUAUCAGAAGCAGACACUGCAGGUCAGACGCUUUUUGCUUUGUCACAAAACUUGUUGGACUCUCUGAAAAAGAAGGAGCAGUGAGCUCAGAGUAAAACUGAGUUUUUGUUUUGCCUGCAUGCAUUGACAGCAUGUAAAAGUGUGUGUUUAAGCGCGCGCGUGUGUGUGUUCAUGCAUGUGUGUUGAUCUUUGUGUGAGUGUGUUAAACCGCUGCACACAGCUUCCCUACGAUUGCCAGCUGGACACCAGACGACCCAGGCAGCAGCAGCUGGAAAAAUGGACAGAAUGUUCUAAAGAGGAGCAGAGAGGAGAGUGUUUGUGACCCAGCCGGACUGAAAAGCAGAAUGUUUGACUUUUAACACCAAACCUCUUCAAUAAACACCCCGCCAUCCUUAGCUGUUUCCCCCAUUCCCUGGAUUUCAUGUUCUUUCUCUUGGUGCAACAGGGAAGUUACCCGGCGACUCCAGUCCCUCAGUUAUGUCCCAAUUAUGUAUAAAUUGCCAGCUUAGCUGAGACGAGUCGAGCAAUGACAGACUCUAGCAGCCCACAUCAGGGGAGCUAUUCUGCAGACCUGGCUCAUGUGGCUCCUCUAACACCUCCUCCCCCAACUCUAUCAUUCUCAGUCCUGACUUUACUUUUGUUCUGCUCAGAGACUCAAAUAGGCCGGCCUAGUCUGUGUAUAUAAACAAAGCGGCUGAGCUAGAGAAGGAAAAAAAAGGGGAAAGAAAUCGGGAGAAGUGACUGGGGGAGGGAGGGAGGACGCAGAGGAGGGAUUGGUCAGGGAGGCUGAGGGGGGAUGAAAGCGACCACAGAAUGGUCUGUGUUUAGUGGGUUAGUGGAGCGCUGGCCUUCACUUGCAGAAACUUGGACCACUUUGCCACCAUGAUGCUGCAGAUAUGAGUGAGUCCUAAAAUCAGACCUACAUCGCAGUUGUCAUCGCCGUGCCACGGACUUCACUCUUUUGAGGAAAUCAAUCAGACGUCGUCUUUCUUCGGUUGUUUUCUUUUUUUUCUCUCCCUCAUUUCCUCCAUCUCUGUCUCUCCAGAUGUAUUUUUUCCCUCACAAAGCCUGUGCCCACUCCCCCUCUGCUCAGGCACAAGAGUAGUCAAUGAGGACUGUGAGUGAGUGUGUGUGUAUAUGUGUGUGUAUGUGUGUGUGAGUGUGUGUGUUCUCAUCCUCUGGCUCAGAAUAAGUGGCACCAGACAGGCCUUAUAAGGAGUGGUUAGAUCAUUGGCCACACCGUUAGUAAAACAGAACCAUAUGUGUGCAGUGCGUGUGUGUGUGUGUGUAUGUGUGGCAGUGUGUGUGUAUGUUUGUGAACAGGCCUAUACCCAAAGUGUGCUCCUCUGUGUGUUUAUAUGUGUGUAAGUAAAACCAUGUGUGUCCAGAGGUAGCUAAGAGAACAGGAGCCCGUCACUAAUAGACAUGGUGAAGGUCACAUUAUAUGGUCGCAUUAAACACACACACACACACACACACACACACACACAAUACACUUUCUCCCCUCUUGUCUGUGUUAUCUAUGAGGUCAGAGAGGAAGAUUAAAAGUAGUGCACACAAAUAUGAAAAUACACACACACUUGGUUUGGAUGUGGAGAGUAUUGCAUGAGGUGAGGUGCGAGCCUAAUGUGCAGCUCCUCCGUGUUGUCCUGUUUCAUCUCCUGAUGGUUUUAGCAGAGGAGAGAGCAUUUCUCUCUUCACUCUCUCUCUCUCUCUCUCUCUCCCUCUUUCUCCUCCUCUUAUGCUCUUUCUGUCUUUCUCUCUCUUGCUCUCGGACUCCAUCGUUCUUACACAGCUUGUCUGGAAUGUACAGAUGUUUCCUUUUGGGAAUGGGCGUCCUGCUCUGUUCACACACAUACACACAGGAGGAAAGAGAGGGAGAGAGGGGAGAAAGGGGAGCUCAUUCUCCUACACUCACAUACACAUUUCUCUCUCUUAACUUUGAACUUCAAUUAGCUUCUAAGACACUUCAGACCAGCAGGAUCUUCAAAUAAAAAUCACACAGUGAUUUUUUUUCUGGUCCUCUCACAACCUCUGGCUUCUUGUCUCUUCUUUCUUUGUUUUUCUUUUUCUCUCCCUUUUGUUCUCACGUGCAGCCGAGAUUUUGCUCUGCAGGCACACGGAGGAGUGUCCCUAGAUACUUUCCUGCCUCCUUCUCCUUGUUUUGGCAUUUCAAGUCCACACUUAAGGCACUACAGUUUUCUCACUUCCUGCUUUCUUCAUCUGGUUUUGUCUUAAUGACUCAGGCCUUUGAUUAGUAAGUAAGGAUUUUGUACACAAAGUUAACAUUCAUUGUGCAGAGUAGGUGCAGUUACACUAGAUGCAAGUAUGGCUGUUAUUGAAAUUGUCUUUGUGAUAGGCACAAAUUUGGCCGUUGUGUAGAAGUACCAAAAAUAUUUCAAUAUUAUUUUUAGCUAAAAAUGUAGAGUUUAGUCUGUGUGGUAUUAGAUUUUAGGUCCUAGCCAUAGCACUAGCCACCAAACAUCUUUUUAACUUUGCCUGAUUCCUUUAGCAAAGAGACUAAACACAACUCACCUACUCUCUUCCAGCAGCCGCUUGUUUAUAGAAAGACCAGUCGGGCCAGUCCAUCAUUGACCGUGACGCUAAGGCAGAAGAACUACUGUGUCUGCAGUGCAAAAUGAUAUAUAUAGUGAUUAUUACUUCAAUGAAAUGAUAAAGUAAUGAUCAUAAAUGUUCUUCCUUGAGCUGUGUCACCCCGCUGUAGUCAAUGAUGGACUGGUCGAGGUCUCGCUAAAAACAAGCGGCUGCUGGAAGAGAUUAGGUGAGUUGUGUUUAGUCUCUUUGCUUAAGUAAUUUGGCAAAAUUGAAAAGAUGUUUGGUGGCUAGUGCUAUGUCUGGGACCCUAUAUGUACUGUUGAUGAAGUUAGGUGCUGUUCUAAGCAUUAUUUGUGGCUUUUGAGUGGUGUUUUGGUUGAGGUUUGUUUAUGGCUCCUCAGACCACUGUGUAUUGCUAUCAUGCGGUCAUUACUAAAGUUGGUAUAACUAGAGAAGCAAGCGAUCUGCAACAUUCAUCUCUCGACGUGGUGUCUAACUCUGUGUUACGGUGUGUUUGACCCUAAAUUAAUUUUACGCCGGAAUAUCCCUUUAAGUAAUUAAAUAUAGUUGCCAUCCUUAAAACAUCAGUUAUGGAUGUGAGUGUUGCUCAGGUUAUAAUGCAGUUUCUCUCCGAAAAGCUCAUCAAAAAUAUAUUACUGCUGGUUGUAAAAUCUAGUUGAUGAUAAAGCAUAAAGCAUUACAGUUUAACAGCCUUUUCAGCAGUGAUCACAAUUUAUAUUUUUUUCUCUGAGGGUGCUCAAUAUUAUCGGGCAUUACAGCAGAUGAAGCUUGAAAAGUAAGUUACUGGUAUAGACAGAUAGGCUCUGAAAAUUUAGCAGAUGUGAAGCUGAUAGGUUGACACAUCAAUGAUGCACAUGAGUGUAGUCCUGUAGACAGUGAACAGGCACUAAUUUCAUGAAAGGGUUAGAAAGGUAUUGGAAAUUACUGAGUGUUAUUGAGCACUGUAUGUCACAACAGCUGAAGUCAAACAUACGACACCUGCCGUCUCUUGGACCUGGCAUGUAGCAGGUCUGGGGAAACCAGGUCUGUUGAAGGUUUUAAGUAGUUUUAGAGAGGUACACCUUUCCAAGACUGGAGAAUAAUUCACUUUUAUUUUUGUUUGAUCUGUGUUUCUUUGGCCGCUUGAUUUCAGACGAUAUGAAAACCAUCUCUUAUCCAUAGUCAGUUAGAUUUGACUAUGGGAUUUGGGUCAAAAGUUGGAACCUUGAGUCAAAUUUUCUUCCACCAGAUGAAAGUUAUUUCUAAGUUUUCAUAACUGCAGAUUUUCCCCAAAUUUGAUUGGUGUAACACAUAAAUCUCUUUGUUUUUAAAUAAAAUCUUCAUCCAAGGAUCAACAGUAGAGUUUGAUCAUUUUGUUUAGGAAAUGUCUUUGACCGGGGAUCAGGAAUCGAAGUUUAGGAGCCUCCGCUGAUUCAUAAUUUAGGUGCAGCUGAAACAAAAUAAAUUAGUUUGAUUUAUGGACCAUAAAAUAAACCAAAAAGCAAGGUGAAUUAGUUUAUUACGAUCUGUGUGAACCAAACUAUGAGGUAGCACACAUUUAGGGUAAACUCACACAACACUGGACUGCUGUUGGAAACAGAUAAUCAGAUGUGUCACACAGAGUAGCUCACUGCCUCUAAACCUUUCAGCUUCAACACUGACAUCCCUGUUUUCUUUUACUUUUGUUUACAGAGAGAUUUUAUGCUGUUUUAACGAAAAUGGCCUCUAGUGAUUGUCAGACUGCUUCCUAAAAUUAUUAAUCAAAGCUCUUAUCAGGUGAUACAUUUAACCUUACUUCUGCUUAUAUUCAUGAGCAGUUCAGUAGUUUUUACAUAAGGUGAUCAUUGGGAGUAAUAAUUCAAUAACUGUACGAUAAACUGUAUGAAUAUGGUUUUAUAAAAAGAAUCAGAGCUCAGAGAGAGAUAAGGACAUGCUAGGCGAAUGGAAAGUAAUUAUUGACUCUGGUUGCAUUAUGGGAAAUAUAGGAGCCAGUGUACUGGGAGCAUGACUCAUACCAGACACUGAAUGUCUGGGUGUCUCAGCAUCCAGCAGCUGAGGUUAAACCCUCAUAAAAGAAACUCUCAUGUGAUUCUCUAUCAGCAUAUGCCUUUUUGUCUAACCCUGUAAAAUUCUCCUGUUGAAUAGAUGGUUAAAAAAAAAAAAAAGGAAAACAGCCAUGGCAGCUGCUGAAAAGACAUUUAAAACUUAUUGAAAGCUAGAAAGCUUUUUACUGACACUUAAAGGGCUUUGUUAAAAUGUUUAUGUUUUAGACUUUAUUUCUCCAGAUGACAUCUGUGUCUGCUUCUUCACACACUCACACACAAGUUGCAUCUCUAAUACAGAUGCUACAAUGAUAGUGUAAGUGAGCUGUAAAUCAGUCAUCACCUCAAAUCAGUCAUUAUAAUCACCACCAGCCAGGGAGGCCCCGAGCGUAUUGCUCUCAGUUAGAUAUUAACAAACACGCUGAGCUCCCGGGGUUUCUUCCACUCUUCUAGUCACAGACUAACACAGCUGCAGUGCCAGCUCAUGGUCACUCUUUCUUUUAACUCUAUUCUGUGGUGAAUGUUAAAUGCUGCUCACUUUGCAGUAUCUCUGAACGUCUCGUAAAAUCACACAGCUCAUCAAGUGCUUUUAUGUGAAAAAAAAGUUAAAGUGGCAUGUUUUCAAGUGAAGCUGGAAAAUUACUUUGGAGAAAUAGCACCACAGUAAUCAUUCCCAUCCUCUUCGCACCCUGAAAUAUGUGAUUUAUCAAAAUUAUACAAAAUUGCAUCGAUGUCUUGACCAUAUUUUAGCAUUUAAGAGAAGUAUGUGUGGAUGUGGGGGGGAUUUGACACAUGGGUCCUCUGACUUCACCCUGUUUUGAACCAAAUAUCAAUAUUGAAAUCCCUGCGGGUGCCUACUGGAGAGGCGAUUUUCAUAAAUUAGUAUAAAUGAAUGACAAAUUAGACAGGAACUGUUGAGAUUAACACGUGUAUGCAGCACGUAAUUAUUUUGACUCUCUGGCUGUUAAAAAAAAAAAAAAACGUCCUCUGCCAUGAACACAAGUUUUUACUUAAGUUCCUCAAAAGUCAAUAUUGAUGAUAAAUGACAUUUUCCCCUGACAAUGACUGUGUUAUUGUGAGUCAUCUAAGAGAAAUAUUACCUAGAGAGUCCUUUAUUGUUCUGGGUUUGUGGUCUUGGCACAUCUUCACCCUGUUUAUGGUGUCUGGAUUUCAUUAUCUCCACAUUUGUAUUAGCUGAAUGUUUCACUCUCCCUCCUUGUUAUCAUCCAAUUUCAUUUCCAGCACUUUUGCUAUUGCAUUUAACGCAACAUUGUUUGUUACUCUUGAUGAUACUCUGUGUGUAUCUGUGUGUGUAUCCGUGUGUGUUUGCAUGCCAUCAUUUAGCGCUCACGUGUAUUUUAAAUCAGGAUAUGUUGAUUUUUCCCGCAGAGAUCUCUCCAAGAACCACAUCUCCUCCCUUGAUACCAGCCUGCUCGACCGUCUCACCAGCCUCCGGGAGCUGUGAGUACACACGACAUGAUGUUUUUAUGUCCUCGUAUUAUUUCACCCACAGUACACCCAAUUUAUCUACAUCCAUUAAAGCUCUCUAUGUCUUUAUUUUCCUUCAGCUAUCUUCAAGGGAACAGGAUCAAUAUUCUCCCCAGAGGCGUAUUCUGCUGUGGGCCAAUCUCAAUCCUGUGAGUACAAAGUCAAGAGGAGAUGAGGACCUGUAAUACCCAAGGUCACAAAAAAAGAGUAGAGGAAAAUCAAAGGCAGGGUUUAGUCUGGAUUUCAGAAGGCAGAAAUCCCCUGAAGUAUUCAAACAGGACCAGAGAACGUUAAAAGAAGAAACACAUACUGUGCGCUGCACAUGCACACACACAUGCACACACACACUAAUCAGAGGACGAUUAAGUUCAAUUACAGCCUACUGCUCCAGGCUCCCACCACCUCCUUCUAGUCCUCUCUCCAUCUGCCUCCCUCCCUCCACCCCAUUACCUUAUUUCUUCCAUCCAUUGAGUACACGUUGAAGCACAUGUUAGUGUGCGUAUGUGCGCGUGUGUGUGUGUGCAUGUGUUUGAUGGGAGAAGACUGGUGGUUUCCAUCAGUUCCUUCCAAAACCACCACACAACGGCUCCAUUAUGUAGCCGAGUGGAUGGAGUAGUAGAGAGGGAGGGAGGAGGAGAUACAGGAGAAGGAAAGGGGAGUAAAGAAAAAGAGAGAAAGAGGCAUGGAAACUAAACAGAUUAGUGGAAACAGGAAAAAGAAAGAAAGAAGAAACCAGUGUAAGCCUGGCCCUUUGUGGUUACUCAGUGCUUCUGUUAUUUGUGAUCAAUUCUUUAGAGCCUGUGUCAUUUAUCUAAGUAUUGUGACUUGUUUUUGACCAAAUAUGAGGUAAUAGUGUCUUUUUCUGUGACAAACACAAAUCUAAAAGUCAUUUUGCAUGGCUGACUCAGUUCUUGUUUGGAUGAUGCUGCAGAAGAAGCAGUCACACUCGGUUGUUCAUUCAUUUAAUGACUCAGUUUUUGGCUCCCAUGUAAACGUCUCCCUCCUGCCAGUUAAACAGAAUGACAGAAAAUGCUGCAAAUCAGUUCUGGCACUGAGCGAUGGUGAGAGACCCACUCUUGUUUAAAGGCAACUCUGACUCGUUCUGUCUUUUUUCCCCCAAUCAGUGAUUUGAGCAACAACCUCAUCACCACCAUAGAAGAAAGAACAUGUGACAACCUCUGCAAUCUAACUCAAAUGUAAGUCAAGACUCUUGAAUACUACUCUGUAUUUGUUUUUCUCUUCACUGACCAACAAAUAGAAACAUAUGAAUAGUAAAUCUUAUCUCCACCUCCAGAAGCAUAUGCACAAGCGAACACACACAUCUCAUCACACAUGCUUAAAUAGGCAGGAGGGUUUCCAGUUCCUUGCCCACACACAAGAUGAAGCUCCGAAGCUCUAUUUCAGACUAGAGUGGGAGGUAGUGAGUGGUAAUUAUUCCUCAGCAGCUCUUUACGUUCCAAAAGUUUUCUCCUCUUUCAGAGUCUGUAAUACAAUGAAGCCAAGUUUAGCAUUCCUUCUAAUCUAUGGAGGAUCAUUAAGGGCAACUUUGAAAGUUUAUUUGAGUCCUGAGAUUAAAGUCUGUCUUAAAUUGACAUAAAAGGGAUGAUUAGAAGAUGGGCUUUUCUAGAAGUUGACUCUUUAGAGAUGAAUGGCUGGGUUGGAAUCAACAUUUGAGGCAAUUAAAACAAGCCAAGUCAAAAUCCUGAAUUAAUUUUUUAUAACUCUGCCUUUUUGGCCUUAAACGGAUUUUCAACUUUAAAGAAAAUGUGGACUUCGAGGUCUUACGAGACAGAAAGGACUAUUUUUCAAAGUUCUGCUUUUAAUCUCAGCACUCCAGAGUCAUUUCCAAAGACAAUUAGUACAUGAUAAUACACUUAGUGCUUUUUUAAAUAGAGUGUUGUUAGAGUUUAGGCACAGCUCCACCAUUGUUGCAUAAAUACUUGGUCUCGACAAAGUGAUCAAAGUUUACAACCCAACUUUAGAAAGUUUGGACCAUGUGUACAAUGUUGAUUACAAACAGAUUUUGAUGGUUUGAAAAUCCUUUCAUCCCUCUAUUUAAUUAAAAAUAGUGGAAAAAAAACUUAUCAGAUGUUGAAACUGAAAGAUUGAUUUUUUUUCCAAUGAAAAAUAAAUGUUCACUAAGAACUUUGAUGCCAGCAACACAUUCCAACAAAGUAAGGACAGGAACAAAAAAGCACUAAAAAAAAAAAUUGAAUAUCGCCAAGCAGACCACCAAGAGGAACACCUCCCAGCUCAUGACGUGGAUGUGCAACGGGUCAGUAAAAAGGGCCUUUGCACAGAGGCAGAGUCUUGCAGAAUUACACAUGUGGAAAAGUUCACCACUGUUCACCAUCGUUUGAAAACUUCAGGAUAAUUUUUCGCAGCAUCAAACUUAAAGACAAAGGAUUUCAUCGUCUGCAGAUCAUGAUAUCAGUAAAGAUCAUGAUGAGAAAUCUUUACAACAAACACAAGGUUGAAAACCAGGACUGGAUUUGUCAAAAUGAUACCAAGCCCCGCUUAGUGCCGAGAGGGCUGCAUUUGAUCAUGACAGUAGUUGAUUGCUUAGUUGACUGAACAUGUGUUAAACAUUUACUAUAUACCGUCUGCAUGAAAAAACUACUUAAAUGUUUUUUGUGAAUUCCUGGUUUAAGCUAAAAGAAGAUUCAGACUCGUGCCAUCUCAUCCUGACAUAAUUUCAGGAACUGUUUACCAAACAAUGCACCGCAAAGUUUUCAGUUUAAAAAUUCCCCCACCAAACUCUGUCAUUUGACUAUUAUUAUAUUUGACUAUUUAUUAUUUAUUAUUUGAUCCAGAGACCUGAGUGGUAACCCCUUUGAGUGUGACUGUGAGCUGUUCCGGCUCGUCAGCUGGCUGCGCGAGAAGGGAGUACGAGUUCGACGUCCAGAUGCCAUGCUUUGCAACCAACCUCCUGAGCUCCGCCACCAACCUCUUCUUAAUGUCAGCCUGCACACCUGCGGUACGAAGAAACACACACAUGGAUUUUUUUAAAAACCACAUAAACAGGUCCUCUCUUUGUGUAUCCAGUCAUUAAGUGUGAUGUAAGCUAUAUUCUGGUCCGUUACUCAAUUAUCAGCUAAUAUGAUUCUCCAACUGUCAGUUUUGAGAAAAGGAGUGACAUGCUCAGUAUUUGCUUUUACUUCUUUUUACAGAAGAGGUAAACAUUUAUCUGUAUAUGUUUACCUAACAUAAUGGUUAUCAGUGAACCUCCUUUAAGCUCUGCUUCUGAGUUGGAAGUCUUUUCCUGUUUUAAUUUUUACAAAGUUUACAAUUCAUUUGCUUCCUCUUCAGGUCCCAACUACGCAGCCUGUCUUGAAGAUAGCAGCAGUGGAGGAGGCGGGCGGAGCGAGCUGGUUAUCUUCUCCUCCUCCACACCUGGAAACUUCACACGAGAACAGUGUAACAGUGUGUGCUUCGCUGCAUCACACCGCUAUGGGGGCCUGGGGACGAAGCACGAGUGUCUCUGCAGCAUAAACUCUGAACCAAACUUCAUCAGCGAGUCCCAGUGUUCUGCUGCUUGUACAAACCCACAAGUUAUGAAGGUACACAGUUGACAGAGGUUCUGGAUGGCGACUAAUGUCAUGUUAGAUUUUCCAGUGUCGAGUCUUUUGUCUUGGAGAGCAGCUCCUAAUCAAGAUCCUCUAUGGUCUUUUCUCUCACUUUCUUGUGUCGUAAUCACACUUUCAGGAUUUCCUUUAAACCUUCCUGUAUCCUUCCAACAACUUCCCUCUGUGGCUGGAAUGACUUCCUUUCUCAGAGUCAGUUUCCUGCAGGAUGGCUGUGCAAGCUUUGGGAAAACAAUACCCAUAACUUUUUAAUUACAGAACAAAAAAAAAAAGAAACCACAAACAUCUUAACAGUUUAUAAAAAGGAAAGUUCUUGAAAUUGAAAAUACGGUGUAAAUUUAACCAAAAUCCUCCCUCUUUGUGCAGAAAUGUGGCUGGACUUUGGCUCAUGACGUGUUCGCAGUGGACUUCUCGGUCUCACUAAAGCCUCUCCCGCUCCAAAGUGUUCACGACACCAUCGGUUUCUCUGCCGUCCCCUCUGUCACACCAGUGACGCUGUCUUGGGAUUUUGGUGACCUUUCACCCCGGGUUAACACUACAGGAACAGGAGUCACCAUGGCAACCCACAAAUAUGGACUCCCAGGACAUUAUGCAGUCAGUGUGGUGGCAUGGGCUGGUCAUAAAGAGGCAAGAUAAAAUAUAGGAACUAUUUUUUUCGUUGUUUCAUGGAUUUGAUCUAAAGAGUUCUUACAGUUUUAUAAAAUACCUCUUUUAACGUGUAAUUUUCUGUAUUUCAUGUGUAAAGGUCUCAACACGUGGAGAGGUGACUGUGGCGCUUCCUCCCAAACUGGAGCUACGCUGUCCAGCUCUUGCUGUUGCCAACAAGAGUCUGGAGUUCACACUUGUCAGCUGGGGGGCUGUUGGCUUAGAUGUAGACUGGGAGAUCACAAAGGAUGGCCUCCAAGUUGCCAAAGGUAAGACUCGCCAACACACAAGCUCUGAGCAGCUAAUAAUAACAGCCCGUCAACACGCAACACAGCAGCAAAGUCAAGAUCUAUAGUUUAUCAUGACCCUGUUAUCAAGCAAUGCUGCUGCUGUAUAUCUCUGAUAUGGUCAGUCUGGUGUCUCUGAAGUGGGGCUUUUAAAAAUAGACAUGCAAUACGAGGUGUGAAAAUCAUGUGAGUCACAAAAAGACAAAGGUAGAGAUGAAAAGUCAGGAGAUGUCACUGUUCUUAGUCAGAGUGUGGGUGUUUUUGUCCUUGGUAUCAUUUUUUUCCUUCAUCCUUUGGGGUAUUUUUCCUCUGUACACUGAUCCACUUCUUCUGCACAUCUUUAGAAGCUGACGGCAGUGGUUGGUGUUUUUUUUUACCUACAGUUUCGUUCUGAGCUGGGUUUUUCUUUUUUUUUUUUGGUAAGGACAUGAGCUGUAGAAACAUAUGUCUACUACAGGCUGGGUGAGUGAUGUAGUUGCAACACUUUCUAGCAUAUGGUUUGAGUUUCCCAGGUGGCUGUAUCUCUCUUAAAGUCAUUAAGCACAAAUACUUGACUCCCCUAUAGCUAUAUAUGCUAUUUUCUCUGGACAUGGAUGGUAGUUUCAUUGCCUGCUGCAGCUCAUUUGGUCUUGAGUUGAUUCUAUUUUCGCAAGGACACAAGAUACAAAGGAAAGAGAACAGAAAAGUGUGUGUGAGUGUGGUAAAAACUAGUAAAUGGUUUUUACAAUCUCAAUUCCAGGAGAGCUGAGGCAUUGUAAGAUGUUAGUUGAAACAUAUUGUGAUGGUUAGAAAAUCUUUCCUAUAUUUAAUUGAAAGAAGUUUAAAGAGAACUUUUUAAAAUGUUAAAACAGAAACUUUUAUCUGAUAAGAAAUAUAUUCUAGCUUUAAAUCUGAUACCAGUAACACAUUUCAAAAUAGCUAGGAAUUAGAGCUAUAGAAUUAAAAAAAGAUGAAAACAGCAAGGGAUUAGUGUUCAUUACUGCGCAAUAUUCUUUUUUAAAUUGACACUCUCAUAGUCUGGUUUUACCAUAGACUGUAUAUAGAAUGGACAGAGUCUGCCUCCUCUCUGGGUGAAGCCACCCUGAGAACAGCAUCCUCUGGUGACAGGCUGCAGUAUAGGUCAUAAAUCCCGCCUCCUCCAGUAAUCCUUAUGGAGUUGGGGACAACAUUUAGAGAUUAAUUUCACAGAAUAUAUUUUUUUUCCUCCCUGUAUGUGAUGUUGACAUGUAGUUAUUGUAAGACUGGUUUGUGCUCAAGUCCUUUUUUUCUCCACUUUCAAAAGUUAUUAGGCGGUUCAUGUUUUCUAUGAUUGACACUUGAUACAGCCUAUGGGUGUACGAAGAUUGCGUAGCUCAUCCAGGGGGAUCUGUUUGAGCAGAGCGUCAUCACAGCGACUCUCCCACCGAAUUCGUACAGCGUUACUACGCAAGUGGUGAAAUGCGUAAAAUGCUACUGUGCAAGUGGUGGUUCCAGGAAGUGGAGAAAAUCCCAGAAAUACUGAGAGCAAUUCGGCUUCAAAUUUGUAUAAUGACAGAAGACAGAGCCAAGUUGUCCAUAGUGUACGCAGUCUAUGGGUUUUACACACAGACAGUGACACAAUAAGUGAUUAAAUAUGUAAUCUUAUUCCAGGGAGAGCUCUAGGAUAAUAAUGGAGAGCUGCCCACACAGUUCUGAGGAUAUUUUUAUAGUAUGCUCACCAAGUAUGUAAGCUCCAUCUCAGCCAGCCUGAUGUUAAGCAUAACUCAGGGUUAACUUUAGAUAGGCUUCACUCUCCAAGGAUUUCAUUUAUUGCAUGAAGGGGAAUUAGCAUGUGGUCCAUGCCUCACUGGGUCCAUCCUCCCACCUGCACAAACAUGCUCCAUAAAUGCGUCAUAGCUUUACAUUUGCUCAGAUGGCACAGAAGCAUUACAUUACCAGGUAGCAUGGGGAAAAGAAACUGGAAAACAACAGGAAAAGUACUCUUUGAAAACCACAAUUUUUCUCAUUGAGUAUGAAGAAGAGAACAGAAGGAAAAACUGCUUUCUCUGCACACAGAGAGGUAUGUGAAAUAGAGUGCAGACAGCUCAAGCGCUCUGAGAAAACACUCAGAGUCACAGUCACACAGGUGAUGGAGCACAAUGACGGAAUCAAUGAUCUGGAAAGUUAGAAAACUCAGAAGAGAAUUAAGGUUACAAAAAAAAUAAAAAAAUUCAAACCAAAAAUGUGACUGAACUUCAGUAAACUUUAAAAAAUACGUCUGAUCUUACAAAAGCAGAGCUUUCACUAAUACAGGUACAAAAGUGGGAACAAUUCAACAGUUUGAGAACAGGGUUGUCCAGAAUUUUCUGAGGAACUUUUUAAGAACAGAUUAAAGAAGAAAAAUAAAGAAGUUACAGUAUCAGUGAACAAGGUCCAGUGACUUAAAUUCGAAUUCCUAAUCCUUAUUUAUACCAAUCUCAUUAACAUCAGUAAAUGCUCAUCCUAUGCCUAUAUAUGGGCACAAAGACGCAGUGCAGUCGGUGAAAUCUAAAGAUGGUUCAACUGGAAUACUUGACUAGUCCUGAAUUGGAGGUAUUCUCAUUAGAAUCAAUUUUAAAUUUCAUUUGAUAAUGUGCAGGUGCAGGUUUAAAGAAAUAAAUGUAAGCAGUUAUUAGGCACAUGCAUUUUAGUACUCAAAUGUGCCUGUGUAAACUCUGGAGUGUCUUGGCUGAGAAUAAACCUUUGAUGAAAAAGGUGUAUCAUACGAAAACAUCAUUAUGUGUGUCCGAAUCCUCUGAAAAAUUAUGCAAGUGAGAUUUUAGAGGAGCUUCUUGAGAGCAGGUGGUCAAUGACGUACAUUAGCACUGACUAUUUUCUGAUAUUAUGAUCAGUCAGAGCUCACUGAUCAUUCAGAUUCUGAUUUGUUAGUAAUGGAGUACAGCCAGAUAUUCUCCACUUAUGUAAUGUAACCACUUUUGUUUGUAACCACCUUUUUUGGUGUUGUUAAUAUUUACAAUAUUUCAGUGGCCCCAGAUCUCCCUAAAUGUUUUUUUUUCACCAAAGGGGCAGCAAACUUGUAACUAAAAUGCAGCUUCUGUUCAGAAAGUACCGACUUUGUGAACACCUUGAAUUUUGUUUAUCUGAGCUGAAUUCUCAACCUCUCAUACUGCCUGCCAAAACUAAAAAGAAAACAGAUGAACACUUUCAAAAACUUGAAAAAUGCUUUUAACUUUUGUCACAAUAUUGAAUUGUGGGAUUAACAGAUCAUGUGCUGUCUCCGUCUCCUGUCCAGCUUUCCCUCAUUGUCCAAAGGACGGGGUGUGUCACGCCGAGUCCUCACGCUGUUUCCAGAUUGUUCCAGGAGAGUUGAGUUGGACAGACGCUCGACAGCAAUGUUUAGACCGCGGAGGAAAUCUUGCAAUAGUCAGGAGUGAUGCCCUGCGUAACCUGCUCGCACCCAAAGUCACACAGUAAGUGUGUUUCUCUGAGGAUGAGGUGCAGCUAUAAAGCCUCAGUGUUUCUCUCCAUGUCUGUGAUUGUUUUCACGCCAUGAAAUUUCAUGUCUUUUCUCCAGAAACACAGACAGGUCUUGUCUCUUUCUUUUAUCUGUCAUUUCUUCUCGUGUUUCUACAUAAAACCCUUUUCUCACACAUUGUUUGUAAUUACAUGAAGCAAAAUCUCAUGUGAAUAGAUCAUGAUGUCAGGCUUAGCCAUGGCAACUAGGUGCUCUGUAUUUUGUAUGUAGAUAGUCAUUCUUUCACUGUAUGCCCUCUCUUUGUGCUGCUGUGUAAAUGGUAAUCAUGUGCUGUGAACUGUAAUGAAGAAAUCUUUAGAAAUGUGCAGCUCUGAAGGACGCCAGUGUUUGGAUUUUAGGUCGGAGAGGGUCGCAAAAAAACACAUCUGUAAAAGCACAGCUGCAUUGUAACACCCGGGGAGGAGGAGUCCAUAGUUAAUGUGUGUGUGUGUGUGUGUGUGUGUGUGUGUGUGUGUGUGUGUGUGUGUGUGUGUGUGUGUGUGUGUCAGUGUGAGGGUAGAGGCCCUGCCCUCACAGACCAAAGCAGAUGAGAAAAAGAAAAACCUGCUGCAGAUGGAGCUCAUGCCCCCUCCUCCCCUUCUCCUCUGCUUAUGUCUUCCUCCACCCCCAUGCUUACAUAAGGAGCCCAAUUUUUCACUCCUUGCUUUUUGGCCAUAAAAUCCUUUUUUACCUGUUUCCUCUCUUCUUGUAUUUUAUUUUAUGCUUUUUACUCUUUUACACACUAUUUCCUAAAAACCAAGAAGCCUAAAACUGCUUCUUUUCAGCUGAAUUUUUGUAAAUAUCAUAAAAUGCUGGGACAGAAUAUUUAAAGGGUGGUAUUAUGCUUCUCGACAUUCAAAACAGAAGUUGGAAAGUUGCAACUUUUGAAGUACAUACUUGUAAAUUUUCAAAUCACUAGUUAAACGUAUGUUGUCAUAAUCUUAGAAAAUAGCUGUAAACUGCGUAAAACAGUACCACAAUAAAAGGGGUGGGGCCAACACAUAGAGCUCUGUCCUCUGCCGGCCUUGAAAAGCCUCGAAAGGCCAAUCAGAAGAAAGUGGACUUGUGGAGGGAGGGAGCCUUAAAGAGACAACAGCCAAAAAGAAGGAUUUUAGACAGAGGCUGAAAUAAUGAUAUAUUUCGGGGGCUUUUUUUUUCUAUCUGAAAAAUCACAUAAAGUUCUUAAAGAGGUGUCAGAGAGGAAGUAUUGAGUCUGAAAAUUAUGCAUAAUACCCCCUCUUUAAAAUGUUUUCUUCUUGCCUCCAUUUCUCCUAUCUGUCUGAAGAACCAAGUGAGUCAUACUCUGACUUUUCUUUGGGAGGGAGGGUCGUUUUGUUUUCACUUAGUGUGUGGCAGAAAGAAAACUGGGAGCAGGGGAAAUGUGCAGUCCAUUAGAGGCCUCAUGGGGACAAAAUCCAAUUCAUCAGUCGUAAUCACAGAAACCUACUAAAUAUCUGACUCUGCCUCACUCGCAUCCCAUUGGGGUUCAAUCAAAGCGCAUUUUCAUGCUCACUCUGAUCUGCAAUCAUUGAUUGUUCCGGGCGAACCAACACAUGUCAGAGGCUUCAAUGCCACUUUAUCGAUCCAAGUCUGGAUGUUUGAUGAAGCGGUUUGUGUGCCUCGCUGUUCCAUCUAACAGUGUGAGGAGGGGGCAGGACAACAUAUUUCAAUCCUUUUAUUAUUUGCACUCUUACUGCAAUUUUUUCUCUAAACAGUUGAUGUGGAAUUUAUUCUGUCUUAUUUUUAAAUUCAUGUGUGUGUGUGUGUGUGCUAUCUUGUGUUAGAUACAUUUUUCAGUCAGGUAGCUGUAUUCAUCGUGUCUCAACCUCUUAUUUCUGCUCAAGGGAGCGAGGCGUGUGGCUGGGAUUGAGUGAUGUUGACUCUCCAGGCAAGUUGCGCUGGGUGAACGGCUCUGAGGCCAAGGAAGGAGAGGAGGGCCUGCCGCCUCGUUCCCCCAUCUCCCGUGGAAAUGUGUGCGUGUCCCUCGAUCAUCGGGGUCAGGCCAGUUCACACCCAUGUAACGCCAAGCGAGCCUUUGUCUGCCAGUACAGACCCCAAGGUAUGCAACAUACAUUCAGACGCACUGACGCAUGCACACAAACAUAUGGAGCAGCUUAGAGAGGAGCCCAUAAAAAAGGGGAAAAUGCAGAGGAACAUCGUUGCUGCAAAUGCAAUUUCCUGACCAUACAUCUGUUGUUUGGACAAAGUAGAGGUUUUCUCCCUCUUUACCAUCAAUUUUAUGUUAAUAAAGCUGUGGCACAAACAAAUACAUGAAAGAAAAUGUCACCUUAUUCCAAGCAAAAGACUGGCAUUUUGUCACAUCAUUUCUGUUUGAAGUAGUUUUUCAAACAGAGGCACCUCAGUGCUUAGAUAUUUUAGAAACAAUUUACUCUGAAAAACUUUGAAUGUUGAUCAGGCUCAGUAUCAUUUUUGCUGCCUGUUAAGUCAACACUUGAGGUAGGAUCAGAACAAGUGCAUUUAUUGAAGUUUUAAAGACAAAGUCGGAUAAAUGCAGACUUCAUCGACCUGGACACGUCUCUGUGACCUCUCUCCCGUCCUACUGCUGCUGUGGUGGCAAGGCUGACCAGAAUAUUUAUUUUAUUGAUCAGAUGAGUUAUUUACUUCAAAAUUUGAACAUUACAACCCACCUUUGUCAUGUGGGGUUUAAAUAUAUGCAACUUGAUGUGAGUGUCUUUAAUUGGGAAAAAGGGUGUUUGUCUUACCCGUGGGUACAACCUUACACACACCAUUGUAGCAUUGCUGUCUUCAGCCAUCUCUUCAUGAAAUUUGCAAUAUGCCUCGCCGGUGGUAGAUUUAAGAUGAGGAGAGAAGCUGAUGUGAUUGGUGAAAACCGGACUCAGCUGUGAGAGCUUCUCCCCUCUCUCUUUCCUGCUUAUGCUGCUAGGAGGGGCUGAUUUAGAGAGGGGGAAAACUUAUGCCAGGCUGCACCCCUCACCAAAAUACCAAAGUUUGCUUGAGCACGCCUCAUCAGCACGGCGAACCUGACUCAUGCUGCGGCAAGGCAAAAAAACAGAGCCCUACGGCUGUAUUUGAAUGUUGAAACUCAAAAAGCCAAAAAAGAGGUGGUUGGUAACAAUCUUUCUUUUCUAUCAAAUACAGGUUACUGGAUAUAGACAAACUUACAUUUGCAUUUAAAGACACAACCAGAAAACUCAGAGGAAGGUUUUAUUUUUACAACAAUGUCUGAUCUGCAUCUCACCCAUGUCAGGGUCUGAACUAUCGUUGUUUUGUUGCCAGUCUCAAAGAGUAUCAAACACUUCACUUGGUGCAGACAUAUAUUCAGAUAUUUGUCAUGAACAGUCUAAAGAGAAUCAGCAAACUCUCAGAGUCUGUCUUUUAUUUAUUUAUUUAUUUUUUGUUGUCCAGAUGAUAAGUAGUGUGGGAAAGUGUUAUCUCCUUUUGUGUUUUUACUCAGGUUUGCUCUGUGUCCUCAGGGACUCAUUUAUUUUCUAAUUUUUCCUUUCCAUCUCUUCCUUUUGUGAUAAAUUUCCUACACCAUGCCUCUCCUUUCUCCUGUUUUUGGAAGCUUAUCCAUCACCUUGACUCCAUCGUCUUAUUGCCUCUGCAGUGCCUGUUCCAGAUGCAGGGACCUACAUGUUAGGUCUGACUGUGUUCCCUCCCCAUAAGUCCUUGCACCAUGUCCCGUCUGCUGCCUUUUCUGCACCACAACCUCCCAGCAGUGGCAUAGAGGUGAGUAAGAACUUGAUGAUUUAAUCAUCACUCUGUUUAUUCAGCAACAUUUGAUCUCUUUUUCUGAUUUUUUAUAAUCUGUCUUCCACGCAGGUGCUGCUGUUUCCUGCUCUGAGCUUUGUGCAUGCAGGUCGUCUGUCCUCCCUGGAGUUUGUCACUCAGGAGCUAAGCUCACAGAUUCAUGUCCGAUUUCAGAUCUACAGACCUCACUGCCAUUAUCCCGGCCUUCACUUGCUGCUACCCAGUGAGUUGAACACAGAAACACAUUCUCUGACACCUGGUGCGUAUAAACUAUCAGCACAGUCCUGGUGUGUGUAUCAGCAAGUGUUCAAAAACCUAUAAGCCACCUCUGCGCCUCUCGCACUUGUAGACUGACACACAUACACACACAAACACACACACAAUCACAAGGUUUGUCCUAAGCUGUUAUGUAAGUAAAUAAAAAAAAGGUUUUCUGGAAGAAACAGGAGAGAAAGAGGACUAGGGGGAACCAAGGUUAGCGCAUCUCUGAAAACAUAUGAUGUGUAUCUGCAACACUGAGCAGCAGAAUGAAAAAAACCUGAAAUGUUCCUUGUUUCUGUCUUUUGCAUCUCUCCACUGAGACAGAGAAACACAGCAGGUAAAUGGAUAAAGCAGCUGUGAAAAAAGAAAUACGUAAGAAUACAAAAUCUACAGAUAAAGAGCAGAUGAAGAUACUACAAAACUGUGAGGAGGACUACAAAUACACGAAAACAAAGCUUUUGAAAGGCACUUACUGUUAUAGACUUUUGACAUACACUGUUAGUUUAUUUGUUUCCUUUUUUUUUCUCUGCUAAAUGGGUCGGAUGUGAAUUGAUCACAAGGCAAAAUCAGCUGUUUUUCAAAAUGUGUCCUAGUGCUGUUUUUGUUCCCCAUUUUUCAGCAAACUUUCUGAAUAUGAUGAUUUUUAAGGUCAUUUUAGGACGUUUUUGCCUUUUACUAAACUGAACAGCUCCAAAGUCAGAGGCUGUGGGUGGUGGAGGAUGGUGGAUGACAUGCAGCAAAUGUUUAUGACUGGUUAAACCUCAGCUUUCAACCUCUGCAAUGACGAGUAUAGGCUUCAUAUAUUAGGCCUGUAGUUUAACCACAUAACCAGCCUCCUUCAAGAGCCUGGGAGGAGGUUUUUGUCCUCACUGGGAUAUGGUGAAUUCAAAUUGAUGCUUUUACAUGAUAUCUCAAAGCAAAUAAGAGCAUCAUAGAUUUCCGUGUCUACAGUAAAUGAUACUUAGACACUCAGAAGUCAGCAGGAUGAGAUUUUUAGACAAAAAGUCCUCACUUAAGCAUUUAGACGACAGGAUAAGCAAGGAAUGCGAUGUCCAAAAGUGAGGCCAAAAUUGACACAAACCGGAGUUCCUCACAGGAGAGUUACUUUGGUUUCACUUUUUGCCCUCUUUAUGACUCCUGAGGGGAAUAAAUGUUUAAAACAAUACUUAAACAGAUAACAUAUCCAUAGAGCAUGAAUUCCUAAAACAUAUUGUCAGUCUUUGUAAAUGAUUAGUUUACAUUUAUUGCAAAUGGAAAGGGAGAAGGGGAUGUACAGAAGAAAAAGGCAAUGACUGAGUAGACAGAGCUUCAGUGAAUCAGAUAUUGUUAGGGUGCCACUGGCCAAACAGUUGUAGUGUAUGCAGAGGCUGUCUCUCUGCAGAUAUAAAGAAUUAAUUGGUUGAAAUCAGCUUUUUCGUGUGUCUCAGGUUGUGGUGGUCCAGCAUGUGCCCCUGUAGCAGUCUGUGUUCCCAAUAACACCAACAGCGGUGAUCUUCCAUCUUGCCCCCAACUGGAGCAAUGGUGUCCCUUCCAGCGCCGCUGCCUGCCCCUUUCGAGUCCCUGCCACCCGUCCUCCUGUCCUAACUGCACCCUUGCUCACCGACUGCCCCCUGGAGCACUGAGGCCCCGAUACACCCUGCAGAAUGAGGUGGUUUUCACUCUACCAGCAGGACCAGCAGCCCACAUACAGGUGAGGAGAGUUCUCUAUGGUUAAGAUCUCCAAACAGUAGACCCAGAACAAAUACUGAAUGAACAACCUGUCAUUGGUUUUACACGGCUGUUCAAAUGUGUCAUGUAACUGUGUUAUUUCAUAUCAUCAUAUGAGGCAGAAUGAACAUCGCUACCUAAAGAGACGCAAUAGUUGGAUAAGAACCAUGAUCCUUUUUUUUACUCAAGCUCUCCUGGUUCCUGUUUUGCCCAGGUACAAGAGGAUCUACAGGACCUCCUUGUUUCCUCUGGUGAUAUCGUAGCCCUGCAGCACAACGCUGGCCCUGCCUCCCUCCUCCGGUGCCAAACCUCUCCACACUCAAUUUGGCGACAACCUGUCUUGGCCCUCAACCAAUCUGACUGGUUCUGGAUCAACACCACCGGACACCAAACAGAUGCCUCAGCGGACCAUGACGCUGACCCUGUGCCUGACCCGGAGCUUGAUGUUGAGGCACAUGUUGAGGACGGGGAGGGGGGCUGGCUGGAGGAUGUUGUUUGCCCUGUCAGGAUUCUCUAUGUGGGACACAGUGAGACUCAGCUGAAGGGAGGACAGCUAUCUGCUGGUCUCCCUCAGCCAGGACUCUACAGCCUGCUGGUAAGACAUCAAAGCAGUGUGGUUUUUCCCAGAAUGUCCCUGAUGGAUUUAAACCCUCUCUAAGUCCACAGAGUAGCUAAAACUGUCCUGAUCUAGAUGCUAGUAUAAAAAAAAAAGGUACAUCAGUUUAUGCAAAGCUAACUAAACAACUAAAUAUCAAGGAAUCUGCAGUAAGAGUAAUAAUAACUCUUCUUGUGUAAUUGAAAAAGAAAACCUGUUAUAUUUUUCAAAAAGUGCCGUCUACGUUGUCUUGCUUUUUUGUCACAACUUAAAAAAAACUUUCCGCUAUGAAUUCUAGGUGACUUCAGCAGAACCAUCAUACCCUGCCUCGGCAUCAUGCCCACUGCGGGUUGUUCCUCCUCUUGGCUUGACGGUCCUCUACCCUCCCUAUCGCAACGGCACUCUUUUCCUGCAGCCCAACGACACCCGGCUGCUGCUGCUCGUCCACUCUCGCUACGUAACAACAGUCUCUCGGUCUGGCAGUAAUCUCAGUGUGAUCUUUCAACCCGACUGUCCCACUGUGUUCACCUCCAGCUCAGCUCUUUGUCAACCUAGCCUGAGCUCAGGCUCUGGGGUGGAAGUGGCAGAGCCCAGCCUGUACGCAGUGCUGGAUCUUAACUUAGGGAUGGAGGAAAAGAAGGGCCCAGUUCAGGUGGAGCUGGAGGCUCAUAAUAAUGUGACGGAGGCCAGUUUGAUGGUGGUUGUCCAGCUGGAGGAGCCGCUAAGGGGGCUGGUGGUGCAGCCUCACCCUGCACACAGGGUGCUGAUGGAGUCAGUCGUGGUGAGCGUCAGUUUGUGUCAGGAGUUCAUAUCUAUUGACGAUCAAACACUCACUGCACCAGCUUAAACACCAUGUCUUCAUAUCUCUUUGUAUGUUUUUUAGAGCUACACAGCAUCAGUGCUCGAAGGUUCAAGUCCCACUUUUAAAUGGACCGUGGAUGACAAACCCUACUUCACUUAUUACAACACCGUCCUCAAUGUCAUCUACCAGCACGCUGCCAUCUACAAACUCACAGUGAGUAACAAGUCUCAGUCUAACGUGUACCAAACUGUCCUUUCUAUUAAAACUGAAGAGAGUCUUUACCUCAUGAUUACCCUCAUUCUGUACUUGAAGCUGUUGUAUCAAUAAAGGUUAUCUUGUCUUAUUCUUACGUUAAUGGGGAUUGGUGGAUUGUUCUUUCGUGGUAGGGAGUCAGUCUUUGCUCCAAGUGAAGUUUAGGACUGGGCCAUUUGGCAAACAAAAAAGAUCAUGAAAUAUGUUGUCAUAUCGUCUGAUCUCACCUGUACUAAACACUAAAGAAACUAGAGAUUUGUUCUGCAUUUUCUUAACAUAUUUUUAACCCAAAAUAAACAAAUCUUCCCCUCAGGGAUAAUGAAGACACCUUAGAUGUAAACAUUAGAUGAUAUGAUUUAUUGCUGUUUUGGUCUGGUGACUGCACCGCUAGUUGUGGCUAAACUGCUAAUGCUACUAGUUGCUGUCAGCAGUGGCAGGCUGUGCAGACUCUGCUCACAUUUUCAUGCUUUCCGCAUAAUCACUCAGAAGGUACUUCUUCAAAUGAUCAAACAGAUUUGUUGUGUUGUUUUUUUAUUCUCAGCAAUGGUAUUUAAAGUCAUGGCUGACCUCUAUUUUGCUGCCCUCAGCUCCGCGUUUAGCUCCACAUUCGGUCAUUCCAUUUUCUUCUCCUGUUUACUUCUAUGGCAACUUACAGAAGUGAGCAGGAAAAGCUCGACUCUGAUUGGCUGUUGUCAUGCAUGUUUCCGCCAUGUUUGAUUGAGUAAAUAUGGCGACAGCUGAUCACCGUGUUCGAACUGACAUUUAUCAGGAUCAUUAAUCACAAUCAUAUAAUCGCCCAGACCUAAGUUUAGAUAUCUCAGGAUGAGGAUAAAAUCAAUUGUGAGAUUGACGGGCAGAUUGGUGCUGCCUCAGCAAGUUAAUGUGGUAGCUGCAGAAGGAGCUGAGCCAGAAGGAGAAGCUGUACAUUUACCGUCUAUCUACGUUCCAGCCCUCACUCAUGGUUUCAACCUCUCGAUUGAAAGGAGUUCCCUCUGAAGGUGGCUGGCCUCUGAGAUGGGUUUGGAUAUCACACAUCUGAGGGGAGCUCACAGUAUAGCUGCUGCUCCUUUUCACUGAAAAGAGUCAGUUGCGGUGGUUCAGGCAUUUAAUCAGGAUGCUUCCCAGAUCACAUCCCUUUAGAGGUGUUCUGAGAGGCCCCCCCAGCUGGGAGGAGGCCGUAGUGUAAACCUAGAGCUUGCUGGAGGGAUUACAUAUCCCACCUGGGCUGGGCAUGCUUUGUGAUCCUCAAGGAGGAGCUGGAAAGUGUUAGCGGGGAGAGGGAUAUCUAGGUUGACCCGACUGUACCACUCUGGAUUAGUGGUGGAAAAUUCUGGACAAAAGGGGCAAGUCCAAAAACCAACAUAGCACAAAAACAGACAUGACUCUGAUAUCAUUAAAAUUUCUGCACUGGCUCAAACUCACUCCCCAAAAACUGCCGUCUGUGAACACAGGCUGUUAAUGUACAGCUGCAGGCUAAAACUGCACCAUGCAAGGAGAAAACCAGACUAAACUGGCCUGCCUGCUGUCCCAGCUUGUCCCCCCACUGAAAACAUUUUGCCUGUAAUGAAACCAAAAAUACAAUGAAGGAGGCCUUUGACUGUUAGAUAGCUCAAAUCCUGUAUCAGCGGAGAGUGUAGUGAGAUUUCAUUUUCAACACAUCAGAAACUAGACUCCUCGGUUUGACCUUGAUCAUUUCUUAUUUCAUCCUGCGGUUGGACUGAAAUAUUUUACCGUUUUUGACUAGUUUUAGUCACACCAAGUGUUUAUAAUCAUGACAGCCUGUGGUGUUGUGUCAUCGAAUGUAUGUUUAACUGCUUACCAGCUGUGUCUAAUCCCCUGCUCCAUUGAUGGUAUCUCCUCCAGGUGACUGCCAUGAACCACGUGAGCUCCCUGACAGAGCAUUUCAACGUGACUGUGGAUCGACUGCAGCCGAUGGCCAACCUCACAGUGAAGGGUGUGCCUGAUGUUGUUCCCCAGGGCUCCACGCAGACCCUCACCACCUCUGUGCUCCUGGACAUGUCUGUGUCUGCCACCUUCAGGUAUUUACAGAGAUGGUUGGACACACAGAUGGACAGACUGAAAACAGGGUGUCUUUUCCGCUUUAUUACUCUGUUCUCUGUUUCUGUCCUCUUGUGCACCAUAAUAGCACUGCAACAGUCAUACCAUACAGAGCCUUGGAGUUAUAACUGUGUGGUUAGAGCAGAUUGCUGACAAGAAUUUUCCCUUCUGCUCAGCUCUUUCCCCUGAACUUUUUUUCCCUUUUUUCUUCUACUCUCUCUCUUUUGCUCUUUUCUCUCCCACCCUCUUUUCCUCCCUCCAAGCUGUGGCGCACUCUGUCACUCAGUUUCCUUCCAAUCUCACCAUUCUUCAUCCAGAGAGGCUUCCUGAGUUUUGAGUUUCCACUGCUUCACGUCCAAACCCUGUACUACCCUGUCAAAGAAGAUUCCCCUCUUUCCAGCUCAUGACUUAAGUGUGUCUUUGUGUGUUUGUGUUUGAGGGGGCAGAUACAGUAAGUAGUACUCUGGGGGUCCCAUUUUGGUGAGUGAUUUUAUUUCUUACGCUGCAGAUGGUCAUUCGGUGAUGGUGGUUAUAAGGAGUUUGAAUACAAGCCACCCUACGACCCCUCCCUUCUCUGCCCAGAGUCGCCCAAUCAGGUUCUCCUAAGCAACAACGUCACCUAUAUCUACUCUCAGCCAGGUAACCCCUUAUCCGUCUCUUUUUGAUCGCACACAUUUUACAAAUAACACAGAAGCACACGUCUCUUACUUUACAUCUUUCUAUCUUGUGUCCCGUUUUUGUUGCAGGGAUAUACACCGCGCUGGUUUCAGUGUCCAACCGUUAUGAGAACAUCAGCCAGAGCAUCAAUAUGAGCGUCUACAGCAUCCUGACUCGAGUCUGUAUCCAGACAGAGCCGCCGCUCCUCCUCACCGGCAAAUCAGCUGAUUUUGAGGCUCACCCUCUGCCCUCACCGUAUGGCAUUCACUACGACUGGCACUUUGGAGACGGUUCUGCUCCUUUACAAGGACGACGUGUGGCACACACCUACAUGCAGAGCGGCACCUUUAAUGUCUGUGUGUCAGUAAACAACACCAUCAGUUUUACAAAGGAAUGUGCAGAGAUGUUCGUAUAUAAGGAGAUUGAGAAUUUAACAGCGGAAAGCUCGUCUCCGACAGAGCUUCACAGCUCGACCACAGUGCGGGCACACCUUGCUUCUGGGAAUAACAUCACCUGGACUUUCUCCAUGGGCGAUGGGACUGUUUACACAACAUCAACACCGAAUGUGACACACAGCUACUUAAAAGAUGGAAACUAUACAGUGAAUGUGACCGCUAUGAACGCUGUGAGCUCUGGCUGGACGCUCUUACCAGUGCAGGUGUUUGUCUUCCAAGUUGUGAGGAUGGAGCCAUCUGGGUGUGUCCAAGAGAAGACUGUUGUUAACUUCCAAGCAUGGGUGUCUGGCAACGCAUCAGCUCAUCUUUACAAAUGGAGUUUUGGGGAUGGAAGCCCCAAUGAGACACACCAUGGAAACCCCAGAGUCUCACACACCUACUUGACAAGCGGGAACUAUUAUCUCUCUCUGCUUCUCUCCAGCGGGGUAAACAAGGACACUAAGGCACACUUCUUCAGCUGGGUGUGUGUGCAGCCAGCUUUAUCCAACAUCAGCUUUACUCUUGAGAAAACGCACUACACAGUCGGAGAGGAACUCAGUUUCCAGGCCAAACCGGAACCAGACUUCCCCUACAGCUUUAAAUGGGACUUUGGUCGAGAAGAAGACCUUGUGCCAAUAUCUGGUUCUGAGAAUAUGGUGACAACUUAUCAAAAUCCUGGUCGCUACACCGUGACGGUGACUGUCUUCAAUAACAUUUCUACCAUUAAUGCCAGUGUUGUGUUUGAUGUCCUGACACCUUUAGGUCCCAUUCUCAUUCAACAUAAUGGCACUACUUUUAAUAACCUGACUUUGAGAGCCCCAUAUUCUUUUACAACAUCCUCUUCAGCCACCAAUGUCACAUACACCUGGAACUUUGGAGAUGGCAUUGUCCUCACUGGCCAGAAUAUCAUCCACACCUACAACAUUUCAGGAGACUACAACAUCACGCUGACAGCAGUCAACGCCGUCAGCAGAAACCUCACAAAUCUACAUGUGGUUGUUCUUGCACCAGUUCUUGGGUUGACCGUCAAUGCCAGCUUAAUUAAUGUUCCUCUCAAUGCCUCAGUCCAUUUCGAGGCCCAUAUGUUAGAGGGAGAUAAGGUUCGGUUCUCUUGGAUCUUGUGUGAUCGCUGCACAGCAAUAAUAGAAACCAACACCACGUUUUACACCUUCCGCUCUGUUGGGACUUUUAACAUCAUUGUAAUGGCAGAAAACGAUGUUGGAACUGCACAAGCAAGCAUUUUCUUGUUUGUCCAACGGGAGCUGGAGGGCCUGCAGAUCUUAGCAGAAGAGGACACAGGAGGAGAUGGAGGCAAGGGGUUGGAGGGGUGCUGCUUUGCAACCAACAGUAUUCUCCACCUUCAUGCUGGAUUAAAGGAAGGAACCAACAUGACUUUUACCUGGAACCUCAUCAGAGAGCACGACCCAACCACUUCCAUCUACAACAUUAGUGGGAAGACGUUGGAGGUGAAUUUCUCCACACCAGGCCAGUGUAACAUCUUCCUCCAGGCAGCCAAUCUCUUGGGUCAGCUGUCUGUCAACAGAACUAUCUACUUCCUGGAACCAGUCGGACAGCCAUACCUGGACAUCAGCAACAAAGCGGUUGCAGUAAAUGCUUCAACCAACCUGACAGUAGUGACUUUUGAAGGCUCAGAUCUGCAGUACCGCUGGUCUGUGAAUGGGCAUGAUCUGCAGUGGAGCAAGCCAUGGAGGACCCACAGCUUCUUAAGUCCCGGACUAAAGGUUUUAACUGUGGAAGUCUUCAAUAAAGUCAGCGCAAGGGUUGUGUCAGAAGUGAUCAGCGUGCAGGAAGUCAUUUCAGGGUUGAGUUUUACAGCUACAAAUGUCACUGAGCAGGGUUACGUUGCUACAGGUGCCAAUGUCACGCUUCAGGGGGAGGUUCUGACCGGAACCAACGUGACGUGGACUUGGCUGUUGGAAGGAAGAACCGAAACAGGAGCCAAAACUUCUCUGAUUUUUCAGGAGCCAAAAACAGCUAUCAUUACCCUGAAUGCUACCAAUAACAUCAGUGGGCAACUGGCUUCCAGGGAGUUCUUUGUUCAGGACAAGAUUCGAGGGCUGGACCUGAGGGCAAGUAAAAAAAUCAUAGCAGUGGGGGAGACGGUGGACUUCACUAUUCUAAUGGAAGCCGGGACAGAUGUCAGUCUCAUCCUCAGCAUCAGCGGCGAUAGCACUGUGUUCCCUCAACCAAAUCAGACCAUCAAUCACACAUUCAGCAAAGUGGAUACGUACAUGGUGAAUCUGACUGCUCAUAACCAGGUAAGGUCAAUCGACUGGUAUUUGAUUCACUCACCUUUGCUUCAAAUUAUGUUUGAGCAUAAAAACGCACACAUUUACACACGGCAUUAUCAUUUAAAGUGAACUGCUUUGUAUUACAAGUUUUAUGACCCUAACCCUAACCCUAAUCUUUCCCCUGAUCUAAAAAUGAAAACAACCAAAACAUAAGGACUGCUUUUUUUCUGAGCAUUAAAGAGGACAUGAAACACACCACAUUGGCAUCGUCACGUGGUAAAAAAUAAUAAUAAUUAGGAGAGAGUCCGAAAUAUUCCUUCAUAAGAAAUUUAUGCUUCAAAUCUUCUCCAGGUUUCUGCAUACUGCUCUUUAAAGAGGCACCUUAAGAUGAUGAAUUAAGGGAUCAUUUUCUGUGAGAGGGCUGCCGCAGCAGAUUGGAGCCCAGAUAGGGGGAACACGACCUUGAGUCCUGUCUCAGGGGGUCUUGAAGGUUUUUUUAUCUGCUAUUGCACAGACCAACAAAAUAUGUGAACAAGUUGACACCAAGUCUUGAUCAAGAGAUGAUUUUAUUGUCUAAGAGAAUUAUUCAUUUAUACUACACAAAUGUUUGCCUUCUUUGAUUCAAUUGUUGGCAAUAUAAAGUUCCACUUGCAGGUUAGGUUAAUGUUAUAUGAAACAGCUUUAAAACUCACUUUUAGAUUGCAGUUAAGUCUUGAUAACCACACAAUGAACUCACUUAAAGUUUACCCUGGCUCUUCUGUUUAUUUACUGAAUUGCAGCAACUUUUCUGUAACUCUACAGUGUGUUUACACUGAGUUUACAUUGUUACAUCCAUACAGAAACUUUUUAUUUUGCCGGCCAGCCAUACAUGCUGAAGUUUUGUGCUCUGCUGGUUAGCAAAAGUACUUUAUCAUUGUCAAUAGACAGGAGGAAAAUGAGCCAGAGUCCGAUAUAAUUUGACAUAUGGGGUCAGGUUGUCUAUGACAUUGUGUAUUGACUGAUCAAAAUUAAGUAUAUAACACAGCUGGGUAAUAAAACAUGAAGAAACAGAAUACUUUAAUGUCUCUCAAGCUUAAUUUAACCAUCAACGUAAAAAAAAUCCUUGUUCAGUCAAGGUAGCGUUUGUACUUUCAACACAAACUUUAACGGCUUGGCUUAACCAGCAUCUCCCUUUAACUGUCAGGACUGCAAAACUGCAGACUGCAAAACAGAAUGCAUUUGAAUCUAGCUUUUUCACACAAGGAAAUACCAAGAGAAUCAUGAUCAUUUUUAACACGUCAGGGCAUGUGUUCAUGUUUUUCUUUGUUUAACUUUAACAGUUUUAAAAUCUGUCACUUCAGGUGAGUUCCAAGAGGCGGAAUGUCCAGGUGGAGGUGAUGGAGCAGGUCAGAGGACUUACCAUACUGAGAUGCUGUGCAGCAAUCGCUGUGGGUGAAAACAGAUUAUUUGAGGCCAACAUCACUACAGGCAAACCUGUUCAUUUCCUGUGGACUUUUGAUCUGCACCAGCCCGCCCACAUGACGACCCAUAUUGGCAAAAAGGUCAGAUCACCUCACCAAUUAGCUUUAAAUGCUUUGAUUUAAUUACCACUAAAACUCUAACAGUUGAUGUAUUACACAACCCCAGGUUUUCUACAAGCCAGAAGUGCCAGGUUUAUUGACCAUCUACCUGAGGGCCAUCAAUGCUCUGCAUGCCCAGAACAUCACCAAGCAUAUCCUGGUGCAGAACUCUCUGACAUCUGCAGUUCUGUAUGCUACACCUCGGGACACGUUUAUCAAUAAGACGCUGACGUUUACAGCUCAUGUUGCACCCGGCCCUAACUCUGUAGAGUGCUUGUGGAACUUUGGUGAUGGUUCCUCCUCAGUUCAUACCAAAAACACAUCUGUGGGCUACAACUACAAAAACCCGGGACACUUCCUAGUCCAAGUAUGUUUCUUUCUAUUUUUUUUUAAAUUCUCUGUAAGAUAUGAAAGAUCUUUCCCAAUUCUUGUAAUUUCUACUAACAAAAUUUACUCUUUGGCAGGUAAAUUGCAGUAACCUGGUGAGCUGGGUGUUGGCCCAUGUGGAGGUAAACAUCAGUGUAUUGGAGUGUGAGGAGCCAGAGGUCUAUGUGGUUCAAGCCCCACGUCUUCUUAUCCUGCGCUACCAGCCCACUUUGGUAGAGGCCAACGUGGACCUGAAAGGCUGCCUACGCUACGGAGCUCAGUACCUCUGGCAGAUACUCUCAACACAGUCAUGCGAUGAGGAUAAAGACCAACUCAUCCCCUCUGUUCAGGGGUCUCAUCCCUCAGAGGCUUUGAUGGAACCAAUGGUCCGCCUCCCAGCGGAGGUGGAUGUGCAGCGUCUGCAGUUGUCUCUGCCAAAGAUGGUUCUGCCAGCAGGGAACUACACCGUGGUGUUUUCUCUGUCCUAUAGAGGUGUGCCAUUAAGGAAGGCUGCCUGUCUGAAUCUCAACGUCAUGGCUGCUAGGUCAGUAACUUUGCAAUUGACUCAGGUUCAUCAACUCAUCUCCGCUAGUGAUAUAUGGCCCUAUGUCCUGUGACAGGAACUACAUUACCCACCCUGUAAGCUACUUUUAACAGUGUCAGAUCAUAGCUUAAUACUGACUUUUUUCCCGAGAUAAUUGGAACUUAAAAUCAGGGCUCUCAGUUUAUAAUUGAUGAUGAACCGUUUUUUAUCUCAAGCUGGGACCUCUUAUUUAAUCUGUUUUCCCCAUUUUUCUUGAAAGGCUGAUGCCUAUCAUAGAGGGGGGGACCUACAGGGUGUGGCCCAGGACACAAGACCUGCAGCUCAGUGCUGAGCAGUCGUACGACCCCAACAUGGACCCUGAGAGCCAGACUCUUCUCCACUACCACUGGGAGUGCCAAAGCACAUCCAAGGUAAGAGGAGGUUAUUAUAAUUCACCCACAGUAACGGAAAAAGGAUGGGAAAGAGUUUUGUUGUGUUUUUUUUUUUGGGGGGGGGUUAAAUUUUGGGCUUUUGUGCAGUGCCUCUACUGUACAUACAUCAAUACUGCAGGUUAUUUGUACAUAUUUUCAAUCAGUGUUUAAUUUUUUCCAAUAAGUUUAUUCUUUAAAUAUCUCAUCCUCCCUCCCCCUGUAUCAUCAGCACCUGUGGCUUUCACUUUUAAUUUUGCUUCCACAAGAUUUACUUCUUUUGUCCGUGAAUAGUGAAGCACUGAGUGAAAUCAUGAUGCCAGACCUUGAGCAACAAGUUUUGGAGAUGUUUAAAGUGGACAGUGAAACAUGUGCCUUUGAAACAACAAGCUAGCAAGAGAGGGGAAAAAAAACAGGAGUUUAUCAAAUGUGGUUAAAAACAUUGUGUAGUCACUAUGAAUGUGUGAUGUUUGAAAAUCCUGCUCUGUAAAGUAACACAGACUUCUCUGCUUUUUACCUGAGCUCCUGUGGUUAAAUAGGACUGUCUCUUUAUCGUCAGCACUUGGCUUUAAAAAGUAGAAAGGAAAGAGAGAGUGUGUACUAGAGUGCACGGACUGUACCUAAAAGUCUUUUGUGUGGAGAGUGGAUUUAUAAGAUGGCGUUAUUUGGACAAAUCAGACUCUGCAAAAAAGGAGACUGUGGAGAAGUUACGUAAUGGUCAUCUGGUCCUGAGUACUGUAACUGCCUUUGGAGGCUUGGCAGCUUCACUGUGAGGAAGAAAAUCCGCUCAGGACCGUUUGUGAGUGUGUUCUUUGAAUAUUAAGGCAGUAUGAUCGUGUGCGUGAUUUUGUAAGUGUGAAAAAAUCCAUGAAGCAUUUUUCACACUCACCACUUCCUUGAGUGGGUGGGAACACAUUCUGUCAAUGCAGUGAAAGACCACAGUCUAAGACCCAAUGGUAUGGGUGUGUUCUGCAUGUGUGUUGGUGUGUGUGUGGGUGUGCGAGAGUGUGUGUGUGUGCACUGUGCAUCUAAGCAGACAGGCAUUUAAAGGGUUAUGUAACUGUUUAGCGAUAAAGUCAGCAUUCCACAGCUUGUGCUUUGCUCCCCACCCUGAAAAUGACACAGUUGAACAUACAGUAAACAACAUGCAUGCACACACAGACACAAAUACACUCACAGCUGUGUUACUUUGCUGUGACAACAAAGACCCAGAGCUGAAAAGAUAGGGCCAUGUUCAGAAAGAGUCGCAGCAGAAUCAAGUGCCUCACAAUCAAAUACGACCACAUUUGUGAACUUGUGAGUUGACAGUUUUGAUACUUAAAAGGUUUUCACAAACAAGAAAAACUAUUAGAGGAGCACUGAUAGCUUUGUGAGUAAAAACACCGAAUCGGUAGAGGGAGGAGAAAGAGGACGAUGAGAGACACCAGAGCAACAAUACAGACGAGCUGAAGGAGCGAGUGAUCACCAACAUGCCACAUUGCAUUCAUGCAAAAAGAGCCCUGACCAAGAACUGAGGGAAUAAAUAGAAAUAGUUUUCCAAAGGUUGACAUUUCAGUAUCAUAAAUCCUUGUUUUCCUGAUUGGUAUUUUAAAAUAAUAAAUUUUUUGAGAUAGUAGAUAUUUGAUUUGUGAGCUGAAUUAACCAAGAUUCACGCAAAAGAGUCUUAAAACAUGUCACUUUGAGUGUGAUAGUUAUUAAAUAUAUGAAAGUCUAGCCCCAACUUAACUUCCUGACUGAUAGGAUGCAGCAGGUGAGGCUGGGGAACAUCAUACUCUGCACCCAGACCAUCUGCACUGGUGUCCCCGGCAGGUGCGUUCUCUUCCCUCUGCUCUUCUCCCUCUACACCAACGACUGCACCUCAGGGGACCUUCAGGGGUCUGUCACACUCCUGAAGUUUGCAGAUGACAUGACAGUCAUCAUUGUCAUCCGAGACAGUGAUGAGUCUGCAUACAGACAAGAGUCUUCAAAUUUCAUCACGUGGGAUUUCAAAAAAAGAAACCUCUCCAGAGUUUAUGUAGGAUGAUUUUAAAUGUCACUCUGAUAUUUUUUGUCCUUUCCAUCAUUGACCCUUAGACUUGAUUAUCUAUGAUGCCAGAUUUCCUGGAAUACUUUUGGCAUUUAAUAGAUUUAUAUUAUAACAAAACAAAAGCACAGUUUUUCCCCUUUGAUGGACAGUAUAUUCUCUGCCUGCCCUCUCAACUGUUUCUCAUAUUUUCUGUUUACCUGAAUGAAACUGAUUAUGGGGCUAAAUGGUUAUGCUGUCGGAUCUGUGUAAUGGCCGGUACACCUGAAAAGCUGGUACUGCAUUAUAGACAGUGUUCAAGGUAGAAACUGGUACAGGGGCUGCAACAACACUUGUGUAACGUUCUGUUAAGAGCAUAAUUACUGAUAAAGUUACGGCCAUUUUUUCACCUUUUAUAAUUUUGCAGGGUCCUGAGCACUGCUCCAGUCUGAAUUUUGGCCUGGGCACCAGUGGUCCAGUGCUCGGGAUUUCUGGUUCCGAGCUGGAAGCUGGUGUUGAGUACACUUUCAAGCUGACCAUCAGCAAGGACGGCAUGGCACCAGAGUCAACCACACAGACUGUGAGUGUGCAUAUUUGUCCAGAAACAUGCUUAAAGUUCACUCCGAUGAAAAUCCUGUUUUUCUUGUUGUCUACGUGUGAUUUUUUUCAACAGGAUUUUGGCUAAAAACCUCAUAAUCACAACUUAAAGACCACUGAUAACCCUUUAAGGAGUAAAAAAAAAUCGGAGUGGGACUCUAAGACGUCAGAAUAGAGGCUUUCUCUAUAAACAUAGCAAUCAUAAAGAAAGCAGCUAAGAACAAGCUAUUCAUGGUGAAACACAUUGUCAGAUUUCCAGUUGGCUUUAUUAUUGUUUAACAGAGUCAUGAGUCAUGGCCAACAAAUACUGUGAAGAACCAGAUGCAUGAGUGUGCAAGCACAUGUGUGACACAAAGACAGCCUGAACCGCUAAACAUGUUAUUAAUGCACGUGCUUGUUUGUCCUUGCAUGUGUUUCAGGUGCUUGUUGAGAGUGGCCACAUUCCUAUGGUGUAUCUGGAAUGUGUUUCCUGUAAGGCCCAGUCCAUCUACGAGGUCAGCCAGAACUCCUACGUCUACCUCAGAGGAACCUGCACCAACUGUCAGGGCUUUCAUCGUGGGGUAAACACAGACACACGCAUACAGAUGCAUGAGCACUCUCACUGGAAUGCACACACUCCAUUUACGACUCCAUCUUUCUUAGACAGAUGAAGUCCCUGAACCUUACAUAAGCCUGUGAAAUCAUUAUUCCAGGAUCCUAUACUCCACUCCUCCUCAGUCAGCUUCAUCUUUCCUCUUGAUUUGUGAUACAUGCUACAGUAUGUCAGUCUGAAAAUGAAGUCAAACCAUUGAAGCCAGACACCUUAUAUUUGGUCCACGCUAACGCAGGGAAACACUUUGAAAAAAACAUAGUUGAGUCACCAGGUCUUGCACACCAGCUGGCUGCUCUCAGCCACUCUCCAGCCUUCGUACUGGGAUCACACUUUCUAUAACAGUAACAGUUUAAUCCGCAGUAUUUCAGAACAUCAUACACUUGUCUUCAGACAACAACAAAAAACAGAUUCAACAGCUGGAAAUAGUUUAUGCUGAACAACUGAACCUGAGCUUUGACCUUCUGGCUGUGAGGCGACAGUGCUAACCACUACACCACUGUGCCACCUAUCUGCACCACUGUGCCGCCCAUUGGUUAUCUUUCAGCAUUGAAAAUUCCAACGACACCCUUAUUUUUGUGGUUUCUGGAUCACAGCAUCCAGAAUUUUGUCCGGAUCACCACCAAAAUGUAAUGGGAUCCUCCUGGGGCUGAGACGCACCUCUGGAGAAAAUUUCAGGUCAAUCCGUCGGUUACUUUCUCCGUAAAGUUGCUAACAGACAAACAAACCAACGCUACCGAAAACAUAACCUCCUUGGCAGAGGUAAUAAGUUACAACAGGUGUUUUUAGAAAGCAGCUCACUCCAGUGAAGUAGGGAUUAUUGUAUAGUGAGUGGGUGGUUAUUAGAUCAGAAUCUUUAUGGGUCAGGAAAGACUCCUCUACUUUCCAUAGCGAUCUGCUGCUGGGAUUUACUUUUGCAUAACCACCUGUUCACUAUACAGUAUCCUGCUCACUACCAACCAAAGACAUACAGAAGUGGUCACAGAAUGUCGGCUUUAAGAUGACUCUAUUAAUUGUAAAAAUACAUUUUUGUAGAGUGUAGAAACUCACUCAGAGUCUACAGUCAGUAGAGUUUCUGUGUUGACAGAUUCUGACCAGCAUCUUUGUGGUAAAAAAUUAACAUGAAACUCAACAUUUUAAUUCAUGCUCAAUUCCACUAAAGGGAAUAUUAGACAAGUGAACAGGACUUUUGCAGGGAUAUUAGUCUCUCUUUUUUUUCUCAGGGCCUUGAGGUCAGCACACCUCUAAUCAGAAAUAAGGCUUUAUUAUUACUUAGGGUAAUGACAUAUUGGUUGUAGUCGCUUUAUAGCAAUCAGCAACCAAGAGAUGCAAUCAUUAGGACAAUUGAAAGGCAGGAUGCUAUUCUGAUUUUCCCUGUUAGACAUAGUUUGGUUAGGGCUCGGUAUCUUCUCAGGCUGCUCACAUAUCUGUGACUCCAGACUCCUAAGACCAGCCUGAAAGUCUGAGACACACUAAUGUUUUACCUCAGUGUCCACAGGCAGAGGUGAAAUGUGCUUGACUCCUCUCCAUGGGCUGAUUUGAUGUGAAGUGUGUGAUCUGUUCAUUCCUUGAAUCACUCUCGUCUCGUAGAAUUAUGAUGUGUAUUCUUAACACCUACCGCCACCUCAUCAACAUAAGCAGCAUCACUGAAGUCAUAUGUUCUCUGUGUUUUGUCUGUAAGACAAAGGAGCGUGAUGAGUUUGACUAUGGAGUCAUCAAGACGCAAAAGCUCUGGCUAGACAGAAGAAAUAAGGAUUUCCACUCACAAGUGAAGAGACUUUGCAACUAGGGCUCAGAAUCCCUGUUUCACCUUCAGACGUUUAAUAAUUUACUCAUUUUCUUUAAGAGUCAGACAGGAAAAAAAAUUGCUGUCAUAUCAGGGGAUCAAAGAUAAACUACAGGAAAUGUAGAAAAUCCAGAAAAUGAUCAGCUUAAGUUAAAAAGAAGUCUGGCCACUUCCACAUGUCUUCAAUAAACUAUUUAUUUCUUAUUUGGUAUUACUUAAGGGAGGAUAAACUGAUAUCCAGAGGCUAUAAACCUAGUAAUGGAUCCCAUGAUUCAUUCAUUCACUGACUCCACCUAUCACUGCUGCCUCCAGUCUUUGUCUGAACUUCUCCAAACACAAAGCUAGUAACCUCUUUGAGGAAAGGGAUAAAGAAAUUAAGAAUAUUACCUUUUCUCUCUGUAAUGACCCUGUGUUGUUUGCUUUAGUCUAAUGUUCCUCUCUCUGUUUCACAGCGCUGGAGUGCCAUGACGUUGCAGAACGAGACUUUGGUCCUCGACUCCUCUUCCACCACCACAGGGAGUGACGGCAUGAAUCUGGUCCUGAGGCAGGGAGUCCUACGGCAUGGAGACUCCUACAUCUUCACACUGCAUGUGACAGAUGGCAGCCUGGAUGGCGAGGGCGCCGCCUCCAUCACCCUGCAUCACAACAUGCCUCCAGCUGGUGGAGCAUGUCACCUGAGAGCUGGAGGGGAAGCAGGAACAGAGUAUGGAGACAUAGACGGUGAAGGUUUUCGGAUACGCACCUUGAUGGACCGGGUUCACUUCAACUGCUCAGGUAGAGAGACUUUCUAAAAUCUCACUUGUAGAUUAUCUCUCUGUCUUUUUUUUCCCUUUAAUUUUUGUGACCUUCUUGCCUCCAGGUUACAGUGAUCUUGGGGUGUCAGAGACUCCUUUGCUCUACAGUUUGCUGGUGACACGCUGCAGAGAAGACUACUGUGAGGACUUCUGUGUGUAUAAGGGCAGCAGCCCAGAGCACUCUGCCUUCCUGCCCCCCGGCUUCAGCUCAGCAAGAAACCGUGUAGCAGUCUCCAUCACCGUGGAGGACCACCAGGGUGCUGCUGCCACUGCACUCAAUAAGUAAACAGCUUUAAAUUGACUUACUUGGUUUGAGAUGUAAACCACUGAGCAAUAGACGGCUAUUACACGUCUAGUUGUUUUUUAGACCUGAUUUCAACCAUCUAGAUUCUGUAUAUUUAGAGACAGAAUUUAGACGUUGCACUUUAAUCCAUUAUUCAAUAACUAUAACUGUGAGUUACCUAACUAGGCUACAUUUAGAUGUCUAUUAGACCUCCUUUAGACCACAAAAAUGCUCAGUGGGGAAGCCGGGUCAUUGAGUCAUCAGUCUGUUUUUCAGGAUGCAGAUUCAGUUCUUUGUGUUUCUUGUUUUCUUACAGGUCCUUUGAGGUUGGGCUUCCAGAUCCUCCCCCUCAGUACAACAGCCUCCCCCACUGGCUGUCUGAGCUGACAGACAGCACUCUCAAGAAACUGUUGGAGCAGGGAGACUCCCAGAGGGUCCGAGAGUUAUCGUUAGCAUUUAUUACUGUCCUAAAUGAGGUACGCGCGCCCAUGCACCAAUCAGUGAUUGAUAAUUUAUUGAUCUAGUCAUUCAUCAGCUGAUAUGAUGUGUGCCUUUCUUCAGUAUGAGCAGACCAGGCAGACUGUGCGUGUGUCCCGAGAUGAGCGCAGUUACAGAGUCAGAGUACGAAGCAACAUCACCAGAGCCCUGACCGCUCUGGACCUGAUCACUGUGAAUGACAUCCAGCAGACCUCCGCUGCAUUAGCACAGUGCACGGUGAGCAGACAGACUGAGGGGCAGGCGGGAAAAAGGAAAGUUUAAAAAAAGAGGGGACUGUCACAAAAAACAAAAAACAAAUGAUCAGUUGUCUUUGUGUGUUUGUGUGGUAUUUCCAGGCGGUGAGCCGUGAGUUUAUCUGUGAGGAAUGUCAGAACAGCACGCUGAAUAAGCUGGAGUCCAUGUUGGAGAUACUGCAAACUGACACCAAGCAGGGCACCGUCACUCCCACUGAGAUUGCUGACAACAUCCUUAACAUCAUGGGUAAGACAGGACAUGUCUGCCACCUGUUUUGUGUGUAACUGUUUCCAUCUUCAUGAAAAAUGCUGUUAGUCCCAAACUCUGAAUUAGAACUAACACGCAUCAACCAGGUGUGGACACGUCAUCCUGAAGGUUUAUGACUGGAGGGGUAAUGCUGGCGGUAUUUAUAAGCUGUAUUUUCAUCUAUAAUCCAUUAAAAAGAUUUAGACAUUUGGAAAUAAAAAGUUUGCUUCUGGUGUAAAUCUAGAUUUUAACAUUUAAACACGCAUAUAGUGUUUUUUUAAGUGAUCUAAAACACAUGAUGAGUGAAAUGUCUCACUUUGGUAUCGCAGUGUAUCAAAAACACAGAUUCAGGUAGACAGGGUUUUAUUCAUCACAAAACCAGGAAACAGUUCUCUUCAGUUAAGGGGUUUGGGGCUUUUCAGAUCAUUAACUCCAGCUGUGAAUGGAUUCACCUAAAAAAAGAGCCACUUUAAUUCUAAGUUAGGGGAGGGAAAGCAGGAACUGGAUUGGGACAACUCACAAAAAGUUUGGUGUUAAAUGGAUUUUUUGCAGAAAGUAGAGAAACGUAUCUCCACAAGCUCCUGCGAGGCAUUUUUGUCGGUUUUAAAAAAGUGUGAAAUUAAUACUGUGACCUCUAGGACCUACUGAAACAAAGUAAAGAACUUACAUUAUGCAGCACUUCGUCUCUACCACAAGUGUUGCAUUAUUUCUUAGGGGCCGCUGUCAGUCAUGAAUCUUCACUUUUCUUCCCCAUAUAGCUCCCCCUUAAAGAAUAAAACAAGGUACCGCUUUAUCCAUAGGGGGCGCCAAAGUUAGCAUAAACCCAGCUUGUCACAGGAGCUUUAGGUGGUUAACCUGUUCAAACGUCUCUAUCUCUACUUCCAGGUGAUUUAAUCCAUCAGGUCAGCCAGUCAGCCUCCCAGUCUUACAUCCAGCCCCCAUAUGUGGACUCCCCCACGUCCCACUUCACCUCCUCUUUUUCUACUGUCAGCGAGGAUCAAGGAGGCACCCUGUUAGACCCCUCCCCUUCCUCACUGGAACCCCAUCCUCUGCGAGUGGCGGCCAAGGCCUACAGCCUGUCCUCGGUCCUGAUGUUGAUCCUCAUGCACGCUCGUGUGCUCAAUGAGGAGCCGCUUGUGCUGAGGGGGGCAGAGAUUGCUGCCACAGGAAAACUGGCGGACCCCCAGAGCCUACUCUGCUACCAUGGCAACAACAGUCCAGGUGGGCUUGUGUAUUUAGUGUCUAAUGAGCUGGUUUUCUUGUAUAUUAGUACUAGUUUAAGUGUAUUUCUGUGAAGGAGUUGUACAGUAUCAACCGUUCAGUAAUAGUUUCAUCAUGUUUGAGCUUCUCUUCUUCUUCUCUCUCUUUUUUCAGAGUGCCAGCGGUUCUCCAUCCCUCGAGCUUUUAACAGCAGUCUUGGCAAGGCUGCUGCAGGAAACAGCAUCAUGCAGCUGCUGUUUCAGGUAAUGCUGAAAGAAAAGGUUCUUCUAUUGAAGUUUCACUCUAGAUUACUGUUAAUGAACUUGGCAGCACGCAGACUGCCAGUGCCAGAGUCUCUCAUCAGCAAACAUUUACAGAAAGUGCUUAUCUCAAAGUGGUCCUGCGUUGGCCUUUUUCUGCUAGACUCUCACAUUCUCCCAUCUAAUUCUCUCCACUUCUUUAUUUUCCUUGUUAGGUGGAGUCGAACCCUUUCCCCUUUAACUAUGUGGCAAACUACACCGUGUCCACAGAGGUGGCCUCCAUGGAGUUCCGCACUGAAAACGGCACCCAGAUCCCUAUAUCUGGACUGGACGAUAGUUUGGCAAUCACAGUUGCCAUUAACAACGGAACAAGUGGAGCAGAAACAGGUCCUGAGGGUUCUGGUUCUGGAGGGGUCCCCAUAGCCGGAGCCGUGAACAUCAGCCACUGCGACUCUGUGAUCGUCAGGGUCAGCACUGGAAACACCAACAGGCAGGCAGGGCUGUUUGUGCAGCUCAAUUUCACCUCUUUGCAGGGUGAGCUCUCGUGUUUUUCACACACAUAUGCAGGAAGUAGUGAGGUUAGCAUAACGACAGGAACAAUUGAGCGAGUUAGCACAUUCAUGAAAAUACAUACACUCAUUGUUUAAGAUGAAAGACUACAUAAUUUCUUAAGACUGUGUGAGGAGAGCAUUUUCCAUUUUAAUUAGACCUUCAUUCUUUCUUUGUUUUCUUGUAAUGAGUCCAACAUGUUGUUAUGGUGUCGUUUUCUCCCCAAGUUCAAUUCAGAACCACAUGUUGUUGUGGCAACCUUUGCUUUAAGGCCACAUCCUACCAGGAAUAGAAUGAAAUAUAACUCUGAACAGUAACCCUGCUGUUAGAUGUUUGGCAGUAGAAAACAUUUUAAUCAGGCUCACGAUUUUAUAGCUAUGAUUUAAGUUCAAUAAGUAAAAUACAAUGUAAAGUUACAUUAUUAUAGAGGGCACAAAGACAUGAAACAUGACUCACUGAGGAUAACAAAAUGUUGCCUUCAAAUGGUACUCAUUAAAUUGUGAAAUCGUGUUGAGAAGUCAUUAACAUAGAAGGCCUCGGUGUUCUAGUGGUAAAUGAAUGGAAAUACUGUUGCUAGGCAAUGGCAACAUGGACGCCAAUCAUUGUCCCGCUUGAUUUCUAUGCGAAUAAAGCUAAAAUAAAAUGAUUUCUCUGUGCUGAAAAACACUAAACAAAGAAACAAACAGGACCAAAAAGGAAACAAUCCAAAAACACUAUUGUCAAAGCUUCCUUUGGUCACACAUGUGGAUGAUGUUCAUCUGCACUCUCUCUAUUGUCACUAUUAUUAUUGCUCCUAGAUACGGAAAUUACUGUCAGUAACAGAGAAAUGCAUUGUAGUUACAUGAAACUAAAUGUCUGAAUGCCAUUUCUAAAAGCAACUUUGAAUGUCUCACAACACGUGAACUGGAAGCUUUUCAGAAAAUGUUUCAUGAAUACAGGAGGAGAGAAGCGUCUGUAGUCUCCUCUCAUGAACACCGUGAACAUGACCCCAUUUGAAGACACCAAUAACCCACAGAUUUCAGUCAGUGGAGUCAUUUAGUUGUCUUAGUUCAGUCAUUUGGUGACAAAGCCUGUCUUGAAAACAAGCAUUUGUUUUUUCAGACGCUUCACUCUCAGCAUUUAUUAGAGGCAAACGCAUGGGGCUCUGCUUAGUGCCUUGGGGUUUUAUUGCAAUACUGUGGAUUUUUUUCUUAUCUCAUUUCUGGAAAAAUUUCAGUUCGCUACCUUUCCUACAGCUUGAACAGUUGUAGGACAAAUUAUAUAUCCAAGCGUGGUUUGAUUAGGACCGGUGUGCUCUUAAUUUUCUCUAUUGUAUAAGAAUUUUUACUCUGGAAAAUAUUGUACUGAAGUCAAAGAAACAAGCACAAAGAAAAAAUAAAUCAAUUAUAGGAUUUUUUCAAAUGUCUACUGCUACAGUUUUUUUAUUUUGUUGUAUAAAUACUUGAGAAAGGAAUGUUUGUUGUAGGUUUGCUCCUUGUAUAUAAUAUCACAAUACUACUAGUAUGAAUCAUUUGAAAUCUCUGAAGAAUCUCAUCAUAAUGUGCACACCCUGGCAGUAGACCCCAUGGCCCUUUCGAAAAUCCCCAGAAGGAAUUUUCUCGUUCUUUUUCAUGUUCAGUCAUUCUCAUGAUUUGUUCCUUUUUUUUUCCAGAUGCCUCAGAUAAUGAAAUCGAAAAAGCGGAGCCAUACAUCACAGCCUACCUUCAUUCACAUGACAGACCCAAUGAGUUCAACUGCACAGACAAGAAACACAUCAGCCUCAGUAUGACCAGGGGCCAAGACCUGGACCACAGGAAAUACACUUUCUUCUUGUCACCUGAGUAAGAGCCCCUCUCGAUCUAUUUCUUUGCUCUGAAAUCUGAACAGUACAUAUCUGGCUUUGGAUGAUUUCUGUUUGUAGUAGAGACUGAGGCCCUAUCCUGUCCCCCAUAGGUUGUAUGACACAACUCUGGACUACUUCAUCAAUGUGAGCACAGCCUGCAGCCCAGCCUCUCACCCCGUGGGCGUUCAUCUCGAGGUUGGCGUCUUUGCCUCUCUGUGUCAGUACUUUAGCGAGAGCGAGAAGCAGUGGCGGACAGAUGGCAUGGUGCCACUUGCAGAAACCAACGCCAGCAGAGCAGUUUGUCGCACCACGCAUCUCACAGCCUUUGCAGCAGGCCUGUUUGUCCCAGCAAAUGCCAUCAGCUUCAGAAAGCCGGUCAGUAUCACAAACACAAGAUAUUUCCCCCACACACGCAUCAGGUUAACACACACACUGAAACAUCUGUCCCUCUCCUUCAGGAGCGCUCAGGUGCACCAAGCCUGGUCAUCCUGUUAGUUUGUGUGUUGGGCUUACUAAGCUAUGUAGUGGCAGCUGCCAUCUUGCAUAAGUUGGACCAGUUGGAUCUGCGGCGGGCUGCUGUGGUGCCGCUGUGUGGAGGGGACGGACUCUUCAAAUAUGAGAUUCAGGUGAAGACUGGCUGGAGCCAAGGAUCAGGUGAGUUUCUCUUUUGACUAUUUAAAGGCGGAAGUCAGUGCGUUACUAAGAUAGAUGGACUGGGUGUUUGACCUUGAUUUAAAGAUGCAAGAGCCUCUCCUCUAAGACCUUAGUAAGAAUUAAAAUGGGUAAAACUGAUGGAGGUCCAAAUCCAUAACUUUUAAAAGCACAUAGAAAUUAGAAUCAAGAGGGUGAGUCUUGAAAUACAAAUGUUUUUUAAAAAAUCACGUUAAAAGCUCAAAACUAAAAACUCUAAAAGUGACCAUGGUUUUGGUCCUGUCUUGAGGUAGAUGGUUGUAGUGGAAGAAACAUAAAGAAAUAAGUAUUUUUUUAACACUAUUAACCCUUUUGAUUAGAGCUGGAGGCUCACAUGAACACAGAAGAUGGGACUGAACAUUUUUGGACGAGAUCACAUUCAUGCACCAACAAUGAAUUUAGGCUCUGACUUUUACGACGGAGUAUUAGGACCACAUUAAGAAAAAAACAAUUUAGACUCAAGAAAAAAGUGGUUAAUUUAUGAGAAUAAAGUCAUUACUAAUGAGAAUAAAGUCAUACUAAAACCAUUACUUACCAGAAUAAAGUCGUAAUAAAAUCAUUAUGAUACUUAUGAUAAUGUGUUGCUGAUGCCAAAAGAUUAAGUAUCUCCUUGUUAGAGAACCUUCUACUGAAGCACAUUUUCACGAAAUGCUCCAUGGCUCUCAUUUCAACAAUUGUCAUCUUAAACCACAGGUUAAAUGUAAGGACUUUAUUCUAGUAAUGAUCUAAUUACAACUUUAUUCUCAUAAGUAAUGAUUUUAUUACAACUUUAUUCUCGUAAAUUAAUCUCAGUCUUUUUUUUUUCUUAAUGUGGCCCUAAUACUCUGUCAUAGACUUUCUUGAAAUAAGGGGAAUUAUAAUGUACUCUGUCUGCACAGGUAUAUAAUCUAGACCAUGCUGACCUGUCUCCUAUGGAUAUAAUACACCUACUAUUGACAAGCACUUUAUACAGCUCCACUUAAAAAAAUAAAAUAAAAUUGGACACUUCUGUGUGGGGUCAGUGCCCUCAUUUUUCAGGGUAGCAAAGCCAUGAUUUGAAAAAGUCUUAAAAAAACUGCAUUUAUGAAAAACAUUGAAUUAAUCUAGUCUCUCUUUGUCUCAUCAGGCACCACAGCUCAUGUGGGAAUCAGUCUGUAUGGGCGUGAAAGCCGCAGCGGACACCGACACCUCGACAGUAGAGGAGCUUUUACACGGAACGCUCUCGACAUCUUUCAUAUAGCCACAGACACCAAUCUGGGCAACGUCUGGAAAAUCAGAAUUUGGCAUGACAACAAAGGUAACAACUUACAACAGAGACUUGUAAUUAAAAAAGUUAAACCAGCUCAUAUGUUGACAAAGUUUAUUUUUCAACUGUGUGCCUCAGGUCUCUCUCCAGCAUGGAUGCUACAGUAUGUCCUGGUCAAAGACUUGCAAACAGGCAGCAGCUACUACUUCCUGGUUGAGGAGUGGCUCUCAGUAGAUAAUGAGAGAACAGACGGACGUGUAGAGAUAGAGGUGGAGGCCUCAGGUAAAGAACCACCAAGUCGUAAUCCCUGAGCAUUUGCAUGUGACUCGUCCACUCAAGUCUGAUCGUUCUUGUUCCCUUUCAGAGGAGGCUGUGCUUCUUCAGAUGCCCCGCCUCCUCCGCUGUGAGCUGCAGAGGGCGCUGUGUGAGAGUCACCUGUGGCUGUCUCUGUGGGAGCGACCCCCCCGCAGCCCUUUCACCCGCCUGCAGAGAGCCACCUGCUGCACCGUGUUACUGCAGCUUUUUCUGUUGGCCAAUGCACUGUGGUACAGCAUUGUGGUGGACAAGAGAUACAGGUAUAGGAUUGUUUUGUGUCCCCUCUUCACCCGUCUCUCUAUCAGUCAGUCUGUCCUCUUUUUAACAUCAUGUGAUCAUUCCUAUCUCUGAAUUCUGCAGCCCGCGGGCCGUGUCAGCGUUUUCUUCCCUAAAUGGUGAGACGGUGGCAGCAGGUGUGGUGACAUGUUUGAUUGUGUACCCUCUCUACCUGCUCAUCUUCACGCUUUUCAGAAUGAGUCGCAGCAAGGUAACACAAACCUGCAUGUAAUAUAAAAGCACAAGCUGCAGUACUUGGUACUUCAAAUAGGUAACAUUUAAUAUUUUCUGUGUGUCUGUAAAUAUUAGUGCGUGACUGUGGAGCAGGUGCAGCCCCAAUCAGACCAGGAGUCUGUGGAGAUUGAUGACUUCCUGGACAACUCCAUGGCUGGAAGUUCCUUCCUCUUUUAUAAUGGCGAGGUGAGAAAGCUUAAUGUGAAAUGACUGAGAUGUCAAAUGUGAUCGUGACCGAUGCAGUUCUGGUUUGUCAUAGUUAAGAAAUACUGUUACUUCUGCCUGACUGAGUUUGUUUGAGAAAAGAAAAAGUCACAGGAAGUAAAGAAAAAGAUAUUUUUCUGUCUUUAGGAUCAUUAUUGUCCUUUUCUCUCCAUUUAUCUGUGUAUGAAUCAUUACCCCUCACUCUGUUUCCCAGACCAACUCUGAAGAAACCAAUCUGGAUUUUCCCACUCCGUCAACUAAAAGGUGAGUUACUCUGUUGCCGUGACAGCAUUCUUUCUUAACGUGCCCCUCUGUUUGAUUGAAAUGUGGUACAAAUCCAACUGUGAUAGCCUGCUGUCUGACAUACGAAGGAUCAAACUGAUGUAGAGUGCGCAGAAUACAAUAAGAAAGAGAAAAAUGCUUUCUAAAUCACAGAAUGAUACUGACCAUGAAGAUUUCUCUUGUCUCAAAACAAACAUAAACUGAAUGUCAUCAUUAUUGCUUUAUGAAAGCUCUUGUGAAGAAGGAGUGAAGACGGAACUUGGAUUGGUUGAAAGCUGCAUAAGCUACACGUCUCUCUUGUUUUUUUUCAGUGUUGAGAGUUGGGCCAUGGCAGAGGAGGAGAUGGAUGACAGGGACUGGCCUGAGUGGUUGAGUGAUGGGUCUGUUGUGGGAGGUGCAGGGCACAGGGCAGGUCUUCCGCGACUGAAGAGGGGUCAGGGAAGUAGGCACCUGGGUGUUGACAUGACCUUUAACCCUGAUGACGAGGAGGGGGCUGAACAACGCAACAAAUGCUUCACCUCCUCAGGUAAACAAAAACAAGAAUCUUGCAUCUAAUGAGUUCUCUGGAGCUUUCGUGGAGCUUGUGGUUGUAUUUGUACACUUUCUAUGUCGGAUAAGACUACUGAACUCCAAACUUUGGCUUUCUAUUCCCAGAUGAGGACCUGAUCAAACACAUCCUCACAGAUGGACAGAACUUCUUCCCCCAGGCAGAUGAAAGUGAGAUGGCUGAUCUGUAAGUCUGAAUGUUCUUGAUUUGAUUUUAUUAAAUGCAGCAGAUUUUUUGCUCACCUAGAAAGUUUAAUAGAUUUAUUUGUGUUAAAAAUGUCUUUUUGCAUUGCCUGUGAUUGUGUGUCAGGUCAAGCAUUUUGGAUGAUAAGACGGAAGUGAUUCUCCUGCAGAAGCCAAACGAACCUUUUCCUUCAGGAUCUAUGAGAAGAGACCCACCGAGAACUGCUUUCACCUCAAAUACAGGUGUGUGUGGGUGUGUGUGUUUGUGUGCAUCUUUCCAACAUUCAGGGUCUCCACCUCUCAAACUUCAUAAAUUGUACAGAUUGUAGACUGCUCUUAGAGUUUGAAAAUAGGGCACAUUUAUGAGGAGAAAUAGUAUCCUUGGUACAGCAGAGUAAGAAUUUCUAAGUACCACUCCAGAGACUGCAUUAUAGUGAGUUUGAAAUAGGGUCGAAUGAAAAGCAAUUAACAAAAGAGAAAUAUGAACUGAAAAUAGAAUUACACCUGUCCAGAGCAGAAGGAACAACACAGAAACAUUAUUGUCACAGACACAGAAAUAAUUCUACAUGAGGAAUUUUUCCUUCAUUUAGAAAGAAAACAAAGUUUAAAUAUUGCUCUAAAAAUACAGGGAAAUUGGCUUGAAUCUGCUGCUUCAUUAAUUCAGUAAUAUGUUUUGUGAUGAUGGGUGCUUGUCUUGACUUUAUAGUCACGUUCUUAUGUGAAAACAAAGUACAUGGCAUUUGCUUUAAUUGUACUGAAUAUAUAAAACAAUUGAAAUGCUGCAAAUCUCUGCAGUCAGUCCAAAGUUCUCUCAUGAAUUAUUCUUUUCUUAAGAAAUGGAUUGAUUUCUUGAUAAUGUUAUUCACAAAGAGACGUCGAAGUCCAGGUGAAUCAAAAAUUGAUUUAAAAAGAUUUUAAAACCUGGAUCUCCUUUAUGAAGAGUUUACCAGCCUCCAAAUACACAUUUAUGCAAAAGGAAAAUUACAAAAGGUUUAUUACAAAUCAAUAUUAUAUCAGAGCUAUUUUUCUUUUUCCUUUGUGCUUGAUUGUUUUGUUUUUCUUUCACUUUUGGGGUUUUUCAACUUUCAUUUUCCUUCCUUAAAGGGCUAUAUGUUAAUACUUUUCGUUCUCUCUGCAGUUGUGACAGACGUGUGUCGUCCGCGGCGAUUUCCUCCCUGGUGUGGCCGUGCCGCCCUGUGGGGCAGCUGGGUGGCCAUCGCUCUGUCCAGUGGUGUUUCCAUUUGGGCAGGUCAGGGCCUCAGUCAGAAAGUGGCCAUGAUGUGGCUCAUCUCCUGUUUUUCCAGCUUGCUGACGUCCUGCUUGCUGCUGGAGCCCAUUAAGGUAAACACACAUUUAUUCCCAAAGGUGUAAGCUUGUUAUGCUCAUGAGUCAUGUUACAGGAUUGAAAGCUCAUUUUCUUGGAAGUAUAAUGGAGCAAAUGACUAAGAACCAAGAAAACUGUUUCUGGUAAAUGCUCUUGUAAUGAUCACUCUCACUUUUAUUACAAUAUACCAACUCCAUGGUGUAUUUUCCAAUCUUGUAGCCCAUUAAGGCUUUCCAACCUAAAAAUUUCAAUUUUUUUUUUGAUAUUUUCAGCUGCAGAGGGCAGCUAUUUCAGACAGAAAAGCUCCGAUACUCUUCAACUCUCCCUCUCUGCAUGAAUGAACAGAUAGUUUUCAGUUUUGUUUUUUGUCUGUUUGGUGUGUGAAAGUGAUUUGCUCGACUCUGGGUUUUGCUGCUUGAAAGAAAUUACAUUUUACAAAAAGGAUCUGAAAACCUAACGUAUCGUGAAAGACCAGUAAACAAAGAAGAAUUAUAUAGAGCCGAGGCUUGCCAUUCUGUGACGGCCCUCGUCAUUUUUCUUAAAGGAAAGGUGUACUUUACUCAAAACAGUUACUUAAAACUGUUGAAAAGUAAAGCCAAGUGUCCUCUUAAGGCUGGCAUAGGAGCCUAAGAAUCCCCAUUAUGUCCCAUAUAAAAUACCCAUUUGUGCAGCAAAAUCAAACAUUUAGGGCCUGGUUUAAAGAACAGUUUCACUCUGAACAGCUUAUGCAGAGGGAGGGGAUAUAAACUUGUUCUUUGUCAAUAUAUUAAGUCUAAGUUUUAAUGAAGAUUCACAUAAUGAGAGGUCCAAAUGAGUUGACUGUCAGGUAGGCAUGUUGAAGUUGUCUACCAGGCUCAGCUUCACCCCUUUGCCUGUGUUGACCAGAAAUCAGGUUGACUCAUCAUAUCCAGUAUGGUGGCCUCCAGAAACAAAUGUGUGACAUCUGUGUAUUCUUCAAAAUAUGCCUGAAAAUUAUUAGUUAUUCUUCCAAUAAAAUGAGUGAUAGGUAAACAAAACAGAGUAUGCUUGAGAUGGGCUGAUUUAAAUACAUGUCCACCUUCAAAAUAAAAGCCUGUGCAGUAAAACAAAACUAACUUAAGUCACUCUAAAUAUUGAAUAGUUUUUAAGCUUUGUCUCAAUUUUCUCCUCAAAACACAUUGUCCACUAUCCAACAGGUAUUAUGUGAGGCUGCUUACUACAGCCUGUGGGUGCGUCGCCUGCGUCCAGAAGACCAGGAUGUGCUAGUGGAGUUCCCCCGUGUGGAAAGGGUGGUCCAAAGGGUCCCUAGGGUGAGACCCCCACAGGGCUUUGCUCUAUCUCAGGCCCGACAUCAGGCCCGCAAGGUCCACAUGCUGCACACCAUGCUGAAGGUGAGUCAGACACAGAUGUAUGUUCAGGACCAGACACCAGAAAGUGUCCUGUGUGUGUGUUGGGAAGUCUCCUGAGCUGUAUCUCCUGUCUGUUCACAAACUUGUCUGCUCUAAUUUUUCAGAAUUUCCUGGUCUACAUGUUCUUCUUGUUGGUGGUUUUGCUUCUCAACUAUUCUGACUCGGCUAAAGACACGCACGGUCUGAGACUGCGCACUCAGCUGCAGAAAGCGCUGCACACACCUGAGUACCACAACAUCAGCAGGUACACAUGCUCACACAUUCAUUGAUGGUUUGUUAUCGUGUCCUUGUCAUGUCGUAUUUUUGAAUCAUCAUUAGUUUGUCAUUGUGUGUUUUUGUUCUUUCAUAUUAUUUUCCUCAAGACAGUUUUUCCUCCUCUUGUGUUUUUUCUCGGGUUGAGUGAAGAUAAAGUUUAGAGAUUAACAGAUGAAGAGUAGAAAAAAAGGGGAUCAGGUGAACUUUGUCCACAGCUGUGUUUUUGAUUUUGAAUACAAUUACUCUCUCAGUCUUUGGAGUUCACUGUAUUUACUCCAACAAAAGAGAGUGCAGUUUUACGAUAAUUCAUUUUCCUUCUUCAUCCGUAAAGAUUAUAUAGCUGUCAUCUGCAUAAAUGAACACAGUCUUACUUUAUUGUUUUGCUGCACAUGUCUGAAACCACUCUCUAAUGAACUGGAAACAAAUAUGAUUUAUCAGACUUCUCUGAUUCCUCUCUUCAGGCGAGGCGAUGUUCUCCUGUGGCUGAAUGGGUCCCUGUUGCCACGGCUGCUAAAUGAUUCUGCCCUCUUAAAAGACACAGGAAGCGUGUUACUCGGCACGCUGAGGCUCCGUCAAAUCCGGGACACACAGGGUGAGACAAGAAUUAUACAGAGACAGAAAUGCCACAAGCUUAUUGAGUCUCUUUGCUUGCCUGUUGUUGCUAUAACUGAGUUAGCUGCAGAGAAUUUUCAUCUUUAUUGCCACAGAUUUGGCAGUAGACAUUGUUAUUGUUGUUCCCUCUACUCAAAAGAACUGAAUUUUGAUCUUUUUAAAACUUUUUCAGUCAUAGUUGGUUCACUGCAGGGAGAGGGUUUCCAGGGAGUAGGAUGGGAAAAAUUACCAACUACAGACACCAAGAACGAUUCUGCUUUUGGGGUGAACAAUACGAGCUGGUAAGGACUUAAUUGAAUUUACAGAAAGGGAAAUUAACUUGAGUGUGUCUGUAGUGUGGAAUUGUCUUCAAGGUGUCUGUUUUCCUUCUUUCCCCUGGUGCCUCCUUCUCUUUGCAGGGUGCGGCAUUUGGAUCAGAUCAUGGUGGAUAACAGCGGAGAUACGGUCCAGCAGCUGAACAGAAGCCUGGAAGAAGCUUCUUCCUCCUUACAGCAGCUGCAGCAGCUGCACUGGCUGGACUACAGGUACGUCAUUGCCAGAUAUAUUAUAUACAUCAUUAAGGCAGCAAAAUCAUAAAUCUGAACAGUUAUGUAAGCUCAUUUUUAUCUACAGUUUUAAAAAAGAGUUUGCUGGCCAGGUUAUGCCUAAUACAAACGCCACAUGUGAAAGAGUUGAAGUCAAACGAGUGCACCAAGUUUCACAAUGAUUGGCACAAAAAAGCUCUUUGCACGCUUGUGACUGUGAAAAUCUGCAGUUAAUCUGAGUGCAUGCAGUCAUUGAUAUGUUGCAUUUGGAAGCAUUUAAUUUUAAAAUCAAACGCAGAAAAUCUUUCAGUAGAGAACCUAAAAAGUAUGUUGGCAGUCCACAUUGGCCUGAGAAUCACAGAUGCCAUAAACAACACGUGAUACUGUAGAAACAAAAUGCAAAUAUAAAGGGAAGAGCUGCUAAAAAUGGAGAGAACUGGGCGCUGGAGGUCUGUUACAUAACUGUAACUCUUGCUCAAAACUACAUCAGGGCUCGUUUGUGUCCUGGAUCUUCCUGUGACAGAUACACCCACCCUUAUAAAGAUAGAUCAGACACUAACACGGACUCUGAAAUCUUUUGGCUUCUGAUCUUAUCAUCAUCCACUUAGUCUGUAUGCAUGUUUGUUGAUGUAUGUUUACAUAGGACCCGGGCUCUCUUCGUGGAGUUCUCACUCUUCAACAUCAACACGAACCUCCUGGCCGUCUUCUCCUUCCUGUUUGAGUUUCCAGUUUCUGAGCGUGCCCAGUCCAGCCUUGACCUCCUUGUCAUCAGUCUGUGGCCAAUCACAGGCCUGGACCUGCAGCUCCUUCUCAUGGUAACCCUCUUGCAAUCAUAGAUUAGAUUUGAUAAAUUUAGAUUCGAUUAGAUAAAACUUCCAGUAGCAUCAGUGUGUACAGAAAACAAGAAUAAAGAUAUAAUAAAAAUUUAGAUUACAAACUCAGAGCUCUUUGCUUUUCCCUGUAUUGACUUUGUUUUUUCAGAGGUGUAUCUCUUAUUGAACAUUCUGGUUUCUUGUUUUUUUUUUUAGAUUGUCCUCAUGGCCCUAGUCUUGUAUUUCUUGGUUCGUGGUGUCCUUGGCUUCCUUAGAGAGGGUCAUGUGUACCUCCUCUCAGCCUGGAGGCUGUUGGGCAUCUGCAAACUGACUCUAGCAGCGACCGUGUGCGGGCUCCACCUGAGUCGCUGCACCAUGGCCACGCAGCAGUGGGCGUCAUAUCUGAGACACCCUCAGGACGCCUUUACAGACUUCUACCCGGUGGCCCGGCAGAGCCAGCUGUACACCGUCAUGUCUGCACUGCUGUUGUUCAUCUUGGUGCUGAAGGUGAGAGUAGAACUUUCUUGAAGUUUAUUCUCUUUAUUGAACCUUUUUUCAUUCUCCCUUGAUAACGACAAUGAGCCACAUAAGUCACAGGAGUCAUCUGGAGGUAACAAUUAUAGAAGCUCACUAAUGCAUCUUUUAUUUCUUUGUGCUUUAUCUUUCUCCUCAUAAAGCCAUGCAAAGUUCUCUUUUGAGAUUUGAAACUCAUUUUGGCUGAUUGAUGCUCAAGCUGAUCUGUGUUUCUCUACCUUAUUUGGCGAGACUUUGAUGUCUCUCUCUUUUAGAGUCAAAAAAAUGUUUUCUUUUCUCAUGUACACUCUUAUGAGAAAACUAUGAAAAACUCUUUUGACAUAGAAACAGCCUCUGUGUGUUUUUAAAUACAUUUAAAAAUAUUUUAGGUGAAUGAAAAGCAAAUAUGAUUAAAAGUUUUAAUAAAAGUGUAAUCUGUUAUUAUUACAAUACAGAUGCUCAGGACUGCCUCGGCCAAAGCAGGGCCCCCAAUCAACUUAUCAGACACACUACAUUUGAUCUGUGCUUGACAAAGUUUCAUUUUCAUUUAACAGCAAUAACAAAGAAAGAAAAAUCAAAACAAAUAAAAGAAAAAUAAAUCUAUACAGCACAUGCCCACUGAGCAUCAGUCUUCAAUUUCCAUGUGAUGAAAAAGAACUAAAUCUCUCUCUUUCCCUCUGAUUAUCCAGGCCUCACACCAGCUGCGGUUCCUCAGAGAGUGGGCCGUGUUUGGCAGAGCUCUUCGGUGCUCAGUCUGGGAGCUGCUGGGACUCGCCCUGGCAUUACUGCUGUUGGUGAUGGCUUACUCGCACACAGGACACCUGGUCAGGACUUUUCUCAAGCAUUUCUUUUCUCUCUAAUCUUUUCUCAGACACAACAUAAUAUUGACUAAUGUACACUGACAUGCCAUGUGUGAAAUAUAUCAUUUUCAGCCGUAUGUUUGUUUAUCUUUUAGGCACUGCUACGUUUAACCACAAAGAUUUAGUCCUCUGUCAAUAAUCAUCUCAUUGUGCGAUCACAAUUGUAAGAGCUUUUAGCUAACGUUGACAUCAGUUUGGAUUCCAUAGCAAAGCUUUAUCUUCAUCUUUUAAAGCAUUGUUGCUGCCUUUAGUGUGCUGCGGAACAGCUUGAGGAAAUGCAACACUGAGGAAAUGUUUUGACCUUCUCAUCCUGCCCGCUCUUCUUCUUCAGCUCUUCCACUCUGUUUUGGAUGGCUACGGCAGUGUGAGCUCCGCCUGUCAGUCUCUGCUGGGUGCUGGUGGACGUGGUCUUCUGUCAUGGCGUCCCACCUGGAUGACAACUGGUCCCUCUCACACGUUCUCUUCAUUGGUGUUCCAUGCCAGCUUCGCCAUACUUCGGCUGGUGUUGCUGUGGUUGCUCACAUCUGUGUUGCUGAGAAACUAUCGGCGUGCGCGAGCAGAGUUGUACCGUCCAGCUGUGGAUCUCCAGGACUACGAGAUGGUUGAGCUGUUCUUGCGACGACUGAAAAUGUGGAUGGGGCUCAGCAGGGCCAAGGAGGUACAUUUCCCUUCUUUCAUAUUUAAAGUUGCACAAAAGUGUGAGCCUUUUUACAAAGCUUUUAUACUCUGUAGAAACUGUUUAUAGCGUUCCCUUAAAUUCUGCAUUUUUUUCUUUCUUUCUUCAUUCUCCUUUUAGUUUCGUCAUAAAGUGCGUUUUGAGGGCAUGGAGUUACCGCCAUCCCGUUCCUCCUCUACCAGCGACUGUAAAUCCCUGUGCCUGCCACCACUGGACCGCCCUGACUCCCCUCCUACGCCAGACAGUGUUGACGGAGGCUCUGAGGCUUCAUGGCGCCCGGCUUCCUCCAGUCCCUGCAGCCUGACAGAGGCCCCGGGGAUCGGCCUGGGACUCGGUUUGGGCCUCGGUUUGGGGCUCGGCCCAGGAGUGGUGAUGGGAAGUAUCAGCUGGAGGGAGAGAGCAGAGACUGAAGCCUCUCUGAGGAGGCUCCUCCCCACCCUGGACGCCCUCCUGCAACAGCUUGACCGUGUCACUAUGGCAACAGAGGAUCUAUGCCACAUUGAGAGUAGACUGGAGCGUUCCCAGAGAAAAAGGAGGUGUAGAGGGAGAGAGAGGGGAGGUGGCUGUAGACAGGGAGGGAGGGGUGAGGCAGGACAAAGAGCAAAAGGGGAGGAGAGGGAGACUGCUGGAUGGAGAGAUCACAAAAGUGGCAAAGAAAAACAAAAAGGGAGCAAAAAAGGGAAAAAAGUGGAUAAAAGUGAACUUCAAAAAGACUAUGGAAACGUUUCUGCCAACCCCAAAAAGACUCCAGAAGCCACACAUGUUCCCUCUUUAAAGUCCAGACCAUCCUCUGGGACUGUACAUACUCCCGCUCCACAACCCUCAGCUAAACCCUCAGUGAGUACACCUCUGCCUACACCACUCAAAGAUAAGUCUGACUCUUCCUCUCCCUCUGUUUACGUUCCACUGCCUAAAACACCCACCGCACCUCCGUGUACUCCUGCACCUACCCCGUCUAUGCCCUCCACCCCUGCUCCUACACCCGUAAACCGGGACUGGGACCAGCCCACAGAGAAAGAGACCCUCCCUUCCUCCAGCCUAUUUAACCACCCAGCUCACACAACCACCAUACCUACGCGCAAGCGGAAACGCAAACCCCCACCCCUCAAAAAUAAGGUGCAUCCCAAUCUAGACAGGCAGGGCCCUGGACACCCCAAAUCAUAAGGGGAAUGAAAUCAAAGAUGAUAAAAUAUUUGACUCUAAAUGCUGGGUUAAGGACAAAGGGAGGUUGGGGGCAGCAGGUUUUGCCCCCAGUUCCCCUGUAUGAAAAAGUAAAACCGCUAUCAAGAAACUUACGCAGGUUUGUAGGAAGUGAUCUGACACAAUCGUAGCUCAGUUCUCUAAAAAAAAAAAAAAGAGUGCAGGUCACUGGAUGAUAACUGAGCUGCUUUUGGUCAGCAAAGCUAGUGCCAACAAUAAAGCCUAGAAAUACCCUGCUUUCCUUGGACUACAACUUUACCCCUGAUCCCAUGUGACCCUGGAGGUCCUGCGGGGUCACUGACAGGAGCACACUCACGUGCUCACCAGAGGACUUAACCAACUGAAAUGCAGACAAUGCAAUCAGUGUACUUUUUUGUAUCUCAGAACGUUGUGUUGAUUACUCAGUUAUGUUGUCUGUUUGCAUAUAUUUUUUUAUUUUAUAUCAUGGUCACCAUGGGUACUCGUGGCCUGUCUGGAAAAUAGUCAUGUUUUUUGAACCCACAGAUAACGCACAUGCUGGUGUACACAUGCAUAGGAAUAACACUGUAGGCACAGAUGGGCUAGUUGUGUUGCACCUGCAAAGGUGCGAAAGUAAAUACAAUUAAUUGAAGUCGGUUUGUUGGGAUCCCAGCAGCCAGUUAUUCAGGGUGCAUGAAGAAUCAUCCUCAAAUUGAAAAUAUACACAGAGGCAAGCCAUGAGCAGUUAAAGGAAGAGAAAGAGCAAGUGGUACGAGUGCGGAAAAGGAGCGCAGGAGUGUUGGAGUGAAGGGGAGAAGAAGAAAAUGAUGCUCAUUGGAGAGGAUUUCAAAAAGUUCAGCAGGAAGGACUUUCUUUUUACUCCUUAGAAAUUGAUGUUGAAGUUUUGCCAACAUAAAGCUAUGACUCAAAGUCUGAUUAUCACUUCAAAGUAUCCUUUUGUUGUUUUUAUAAUGAUUGUGAUGUAAAAGCACUUUUUUUUCUAAUGUUCCUUUUUAUGUGUGAGGUGUGGUGCAAAGUAAUAAGCUUGGUGUUUGAACCAACAGAGAAAGCUUCACUCAUACUGUGUCUUAAAUAUAAACGUUACCAAAGCUUCUGCAUCAUUUAUGCAAUCUGAAUUUUACCAUGCCAAGAAAUUUAUUCAUUCAUUUUGUACUUAGCACUUUAUUUUCUAAUGGAAUUGAUAUCGAGUGCCAUAUUUAACUCUGGUGCGUCAAGUUUUCUUAUCGUAUGUUAACAGCUCAUCGUAGAAAUGUUUUCGAGUAUAAGCCAAGUGUUGAAGCCAUUGCUCGCAGUUGUUUGUUCUCUGUCUGCUCUUGGUUGAUUUGAUCGUAACUGUACUGUCUUUGUCUAAAUUUGAUCUUCAUAUGAACUUUCUGCAUCCAGUGGGCAGAUCUCAGGGAACCCACCCCCCACCCCCCACCCCAACACCCCUCUAAUACAACCAGGAUCACUAAAACUGGGGGCAAGUAGGUGUAUUCAGUUAUCUUAUGAAAGUAUUUAUCUUUUGUUCAAAUCAACCUACAUUUCAAUUUCUUUCCUCUCUCAACUUAAAGCUUAUGUGUUCGAGUUGUUUUUUUAUGAGAAGAGAGCAGGUGCUGUCGGUACAAAUGGACACGUCCAAGUGUUUGAAGGCUUUGGUCGUUUUGUUCUUCCAAAAUUAUGAUUAUAAAAUUCCUAUACCUCUUUUUUAAAUCAUAAUCUUCUCCCUUUUCCUGCCCAUUAAGUUUAAUAAGUUGCAACAGGUUUCAGGAUAUGAUGAAACGAAAAAGAAAAGGAUCCAUAUUUCAUCUGUGUGUGUAUGUUUCUGUAUAUGUUGGUGCUUAAUGGUGUAUAUAUUUUUGCUUUUUCAUGAUCAGUAUUGUUUAUAUGCAGCAGAUGCAUAUGCAGAGGUCAAGCACCGGUGGUGCUAACCCCAGAGAUUGACAUUUUUCCACUCUAACUGAAGCACUACAGCCAAAGCUAUCCAUUUAUUUAAUAUGAAUCAACUUUAAGCUCCAGGAAGCUUAGCUUAGCAGUUAGCACCUCUACUAGCCCUCAUAAUCCUGCUCUUUAUGUUUAGUGUGUAACAAACUAGUGCCAAAGCUCAGCUUCUCGUCUGCUACCUGUCUAGUUGAGACUUUUUGUAUAAAUGUUGUUUCAAAUGUAAUUGAAAGCAUAUGUCAAUGUUCUUUGUUGUAUCUCAUCUGUAUUUUGCAGUUGUAGCACUUCUUCUGCUUUUGCACUUGACAAAGUCAAAUAAAGAGUUUGACAGCUGAACCGUGCAUAAUAAAGUGGUUUUGGUGUCAGAUUAAAA